UGUUGAGCCCUCCUCCCAGCACACAUUACACCUCUCGCCCGGUGACGUCACGCAGAGUGUUUCCCUGGAACGUUAGCAGACUGCGCGUUCCAUUUCGAGUGUGCGAGCGUUCUAAAGAGUCUGGAUGCUGCAACAACGACUUCCCAGCAGCCUCCCCUGCACACUGAGCCCAACUCACAGGCAACAAAUGUCUGUGACUGCUUGAAUUUCCUCCUGGCGGCUGUAUGAUCCUCCAGUAUUCGUGUAAGUUAACUUUUAACUCUCACAGUUAUUUUCCUUAUAUUUUAUCACUAUUUCCCCCUAAGGUGACCUUCCUGCCCUCCUCAUAAGAAACCCUACUAAUGCAUGGGGCAGGGCUGCCCUGAUCUUAGUUUAACCCUUCACUAUGUUUUUUAUUUUUAAUAAGUGCCCAGUUUUUUUUGUUUUUUUUUUAAGUGAGAACUGGUCUUUUCAGCACUUUAACAUCCAGUUUUGACUUGUUUAAUUUGCCCUGCUUGUGACAGGAAGGGGUGUUUGCUGCGCACUCCCCCGCCCCCCUCACCCAUGAUCUAAUCAUUUAUACAUGUUUUAUUUAAUCGUUGACUUUAUUAUAAUGCUUUAAAGCGCCAACUCAUUCCGUGGCGCAGUACAAUGGCCAUUUUUAUUCACGCUGAGUGCUUUGUCCCCUCUCUCUGUUUUUAUACAGCAUGCACAAGGAUCCGCUAUUACCAAUUACUACAGUAGCUCUGCCCGGGACCUCCCUACAGAGAGCCUGCAGGCUUCUGGUACUGAUCUGUGCUCUCCAUCUCAGCGUUACCCUGGUUUAUUAUGUGUCUGGGGGAGAACUGAACAUCUUCCAGUACUUUGUACAGAACCAGCAAGCCCAGUAUCGCGGGAUUGCCAAUGCUACCCCCAGCAGCGUCCAGAAUUUACUAAAACCUGAAUAUAAUGCAAAAGAUCAGGAGGAGAGCAGGGAUACCUCAAACAUGGUGGACCUGCCCAACUGCCCUGAGACAUCCCCUCUAUUGGGUAAGAAUUGAUCAAUGUGCUAUUUUAGAAAGCUUGUGUCUUUUUAUAUAGCUUUUUUCAUUUUUAUGUUUGUUUUUUUUUAUUGUUAAGUAGUGUUGGUCAUACCUGUGCUGUUAUAUAUUAAUCACUGUGUACACGUUGGAGGUUCUGGGUCCUUGGGGUCUGGGAGUGGGUGGGAUGAGGUCAAUGACACUUUAGCACUUUAUUCUGCUGAGCGCCGCCUCCUGUCUGAGGAGCUGUGCUUCCUCUUUGCAGCCAGAUGUUUUAUGUCUAAAUAACACAAUGGCAGCUUCAAGUACUCCACUUUUUAUUAUUUAUUUUUAAAACGCCAACAAAUUCCGCAGAGCUGUACAAUAGGUGGAAUACCAAACAAGUGCUUGCAAAAAGAUGAGUUGGACGCACAGGAACAGAAGGUGUUGAGGGCUCUGCUCAAACUAGCUUACAUUCAUUAUUUAUUUAACUUCUUUGUUUAUGAAACCUGUUUUAUUUUUUUUUAAUUUUAUUUUUUAAUUGUUUGGGGGCUAUGUCAGGCACCAUAACAACUUGUGAUGGCGCAAAGAGAUCCCCUGUACUUAGUGUGCAUUCACACAGUCUAAUUGCAGCUAUUAGUAAAGCUGGCUGAACUGUACUUUCUCUGUUGGCAUGUCCUACAACAACUGGAGGCUGUGCAAAUGCACACUGAUGGUGAAUAACGCUGUACAUGCCAUCUGUAAACCUGCUUCUAUCCGUCUGUUCAGCUUUUCCACUUAUUGGCUGUAAAUGGAACUGCUGAACCACAUAUCCACAAAACCUCUUCUGAGACCUCAUAGACCUGAAUGAGAGGCCCCUUAUUGAUGCAGGCUCUCCCUAGCCUGGACAUUGCUCGCCUGUAGGUUAGUCCCAGGAAUUUCAAAACUGAAUUUUUUUUUUUUUUUAACUGUAACCCCUUCAUGGCUAAAUAUUCCAAUAUACUAACAUUGGGAUCCGUUCUGUAAAGUCUUUUAAAACCAUAAGUUGUCUUGCUUAUUUAAUUCUGGCAGCUCCACACAAACUUGCAUGUGUUAAUCCAAUUGGUCAUUGACUUAUAUAUGUGCAUAGAUUGUUAUUGGAGUUAUUUUCCUUUUUUAUGUAUUUUUUUUUUUUUUUUCUCUCCAGUUUUUUUUUUUUUAAAAUUGAUUUGUGUAUUGAAUCUACAAACUUUAAAUAGAUAAAAUGAAAUUGUACUUAUUUUAUUUUCACAAGUAAUUUUAAAAAUACAAUUUUUUUAAGUGUGUGUGUGUGUAUUUUUUAUUUUAUUUUAAAUAACGCAACAAAAUAUUAAAUCAAUAUUUUCAGGGUUUAUUGUAUGUGAUGCACCCUGCUGCACAUUGUGUUGUCGUGUAAUAUAGGUUUCAAAAAUGUAAAUCCAGUGCAGCAAAUUGCUAUUAGUUAACACUGCUUGGUUAUGUAGCCUAGAUUUUGCAAUUGGCCUUUUACUUCGCUGUAUUUAGAAAUUUAGUAAAUAACUCUGCAAAGAUUAAGAAACAGAGUCCAUUACCACCAUUAAUUAUUUUUUUGAAGUGUGAAUUAUUAUGAGUCGUGCCUCUUAGGCUAAACCAAUACAUUGGAAUAAUUACAUUUUUGUUUUAAAGUGAUACUCUAGUGCGAAGAAUACAAAGCUGUAUUCCUGGAACUAUCGCACCCCCCCGGGUAAAUAAAGGGUAAAAAACACCUUAUUUACUUACCAGAUCCCAGCGCCAGUGUCCCUUGGCAUUGGGUCAAAGCUCCUCCUCCUCCACCAUCCUGCGACGAUCUUGCUAUAGACUUUGUGACUUCUGCAGAUAAAUAAUUUGCAAAGUUUUUUAAACUGAUGCAUAAUUAGAAUUUUGAUUUUCGGAUUACUUUUCGCGACAAUUUAGAAUUUAGUGAAAAACACUCUGGGGUUUAGUCAUUAAAUAAUACAAUUUAAAAAAAAAAUGUAGAUAAGCAAAUAUAAAAAUAUGUUGAGAUUCUUAAACUGGAAUUGUAAAGUAUUCUAGACAUUUAAGGUUACUAUGAUAUACUUCCCACAAAUUUCUAUAAAAAUAUAUUUAAAAAAAAAAAAAAAUACAUUUUAUUGAAUUUAAAACCAAAUUACAAGAUCUAGACAAAAAAAGCCACUAAACUGAGGAUUUAGUAUUUCUAAUGCAGCUAUUUUUGCUCAACAUAUUAUAUUUUUUUUUGGUUUUGUCUUUUUUCUUUAACUGAUCCGUCAUCCAAAUUUUAUUUUUUUUCCCUAUGUAAGAGUUACUUUAAAAAUGGAUGACCUUGGGCGAUCAUAGUUUUCGAAGAAACUUUGUGUUUGUACUACAUUGCCUAGGGAUAUAUGUCUUGACUGCCAAACUUGAUUCACUGCACUUCAAUUUGUCAGUUUUAUCCCUUUUUUCCUUCCUCUUACAAGAUUUAUAAAAAAAACAAACAAAAAAAAAAAACCUUGUUACACUUGAUGUUUUGGUGUCGACUUUGAAAUGUACCUUAAAUGUACAAGAGCAGGUGCUGAACGUUGGCUAUAAGCCUCAGUAAUAUUAUCUGAUUACCUAUGUGCAGAUAAAAUAUAUGUUCUGACAAUACUUGUUUUAAUAAAAAAGAAUCAAGCGGACAACCAAUAAAAUCUAAACCAACAUUAUAAAAUCCAACAUUAAAUGGUCAAAUGUAGAUAAAUGUCAGCGCUGUGCAGUAGUCCCCAAAAGAUUGUUCAAAGGGGAAGCUAGAUAACAUAGUUGUGUCCGAAUUCCACCUCCACAGCGAUGGAUAAGGGAAAAAUUAGGGGUAUACUUCUGUGUUAGAUAGGAAUUGAAACUUUGUAUCCAGUACCCAUGGUAAGUCACGUAAAAUAUACAAAAAAACAGGAAUGGUGUAACCGUUUUAUUAUAAUUUAAGUUAAAAAAAAAAAACACCCGAACGGAGGGAUGUUGGAGCACAAUAUCGCCGAAGUAGUAGAAAGGCUUCUGGCUCGUCCACGUGUUCCGCCCAUACGCAGCGGGCGUUAUACAGGUUUAAGGAAUAACUUUUUACGUCUGGCAGCUUUGAAUUUUAUUUUUUGAACUACAUAUAAUUGUGUCACACAGACUAUUAUAGAUUUUUAUAUUGUGCUUUAUUUUAUUCUUUCUCAAAACUAAAUGGUAUCCAUGAAAACAAAGAAAAAUACAGAGUAAGGCUGUUGUGCAAUCAACAGUAACAUGUACAUAAGUAGUUAAUGUGUAUUUUUUUGUAUUGACAGAUAUUAUUUAUGUGUGUGUCACUGUUGAUCUCUUAUAAUCAGCACAACCGUAUCUUUUUUUUAAAGGAAGACUAUAGGGUAAAGAACAAAAACGUAUAUUCCUGACCCUAUAGUGUUAAAAACACAAUAUAUAGUCCCUUUGCCCCGCCCAUGAUCUUCCUGCUUGGCUGACAUCAUCAGAUGUUUUAUUUACAGCAAACCACAAUGCUUACCCAUAGGAAAGCAUCGGACUGGCUAAGAUUGCCAAAGAGGCAGAUCAGGGGCAGAGCCAGCAUGAUACAAACACAGCCCUGGCCAAUCAGCAUCUCCUCAUAGAGAUGAAUUGAAUCAAUGCAGCUCUAUGAGGAAAGUUCAGUGUCUGCAUGCAGAGGGUGGAGACACUGAAUGUCACUCACACUGUGCAGCACUGCCCCAGGAAGUAUGUCCAGUAGCCAUCUGAGGAGUGGCAAGUGGAGGGGGUCCUAAGCUGUAAUGCAAACACUGCAUUUUCUCUGAAAAGUCAGUGUUUACUGCAAAAAGCCUGAAGGGAAUGAUUAUACUCACCAAAACAAAUACAAUAAGCUAUAGUUGUUCUGAUGACUAUAGUGUCCCUUUAAGUGUUUUCAUGUAUUCCAUUUAAUAUUGGAUUGUAUAAUAAAGCUGGCUCAUGUCUUAUUGGUCGUUUUUUUUUUUUUUUUUUUUUUUUUUUUUUUUUUGAUGGCUUAUACUUUUGGGUCCAAUUGGGAAUAGGGCCCUUGAGUGAGCUUUAUUUUGAUUUAUUUUGUGAUUUUAGAAGUGUGCCUUCCUUUGUAACAGGUUUGAAUAUCUGUUUUAUUCACGGUGAAUUCCCAAACAUUUCCCAAUUAUCUUGUUAAAGGGACACUGUAGACACCAACACCACUUUAGCUCAUUGAAGUGGUCUGGGUGCAAAGUCCCAUAUCCCUUAAAAUACAAAAAAAGUGGGAAAACAACAAUACGUAUAAAAAUAAAUCUAACCACCUGGAAAAGGUAGGAUAUUGAAAGAUCCUAGAAGUCACUGGGAUGUAUAAAAAUCGAUAAUACAACAUAGCGUAAUACUAUAUAGAAUGUGAAUUAUACAAAAAAAACUCAAACAUAUGGUUUGUCACCCUCCCUGGGGUACACGCAGAUGUAGUUGCAAAAUGUUGCUCAUAUAUGGAUAGUCUUCCAAUAAUGCAUAGAGAGAAAAGAGGCCGCAAUGGUGAAGUACAGUAAAAUCACAAAAGGAAUUUAUUAGAAUGCACUUACAGACCAACAUGGACAAUGGGCAUAUCUCCACAUGGAAUGGAACUUAGAUGGAAGCGUGGAAAUAAACCAAAUUUGGAAAAAACUAAAACAUGUAAAAACAAAAUAAGAGUACAUAAGUCCUCAAUAUAUCCAACGCGUCUCAUUUUACAGUUUGGACUUCCUCAGAGAUAGAAGUUCUUCUCACCAGGAAGGCUUCUUAAAUAUGCUGGGAUUGAUAGGUGGUGGAAUUCACCUAAAUUCGGCGUGCGUUCCACCCUGGAGCGCGUUGACGCAUAUCCUGUGCGUCUCCCAGUGGCGUGAGCCGAUGUAUAUUUAAGAAGCAUUCCUGGUGAGAAGAACUUGUAUCCCUGAGGAAGUCCAAGCUGUAGGACGAACCGCGUUGGAUAUAUUGAGGACUUGUGUACUCUUCUUUUCAUCCUGAAGAAAGUCCCAAACGAGGACUGAAACGUCGAUGCUUUUAAUGGAUCUUCAAUAAAACUUUACCUUUUUAACUACAAAGGACCGUGAGUGCAAGCCUCUCCAUCGCUUUAAAUUAUAUAUACACAUAUAUAUAUAUAUAUAUAUAUAUAUAUAUAUUCUACACACCAGUCAAAGACUUGCUUUUCCCACAGAAAAUAAGGCAAAAAUUUGAUUCUUAAACUAAUUUGCAUAUGCCCACCCAGAAUCCUUUGCGGUAGUAACAUCACUGCAAAUGUGUGAUUUCUGUGGGGAAAAGCACGUUUUUUUAUUUUUUGUUUUUUUUAUUUUUUUAUAAUCUUUAUUUUAUUGCACAAAGAAAAAAGUGUUACAAGACAUAUAAAACAGUAGCCACGUCAGCUUAUCAAAUAUCGUUGCCAAAUUUUACAGGCUUUGGUAUUUGCGCAUUUUUUCCCAUUUGUAACAUCGUGUAACUUAACAGGAUAGUAUUCUAGUGAAUCCAGGUAAUGAACAUAUUACCGAUUUUGGUCGGGGGGUAUGGGUUCGGCUCGUAGGGUUGUACCUUUGGUGUUGAAGAGCCAGGAGGGGGGGGGUGGAUAGAGGUCAUGCAGGUAGUGGAUGGGUCGGGUGGGGGUAGCAUUUAGGUAUCUCUAACGCUCUAGGUAGGUCAACCAUGGCUACCAGGUUGGAGUGUAUGUGGUGUAGUUAUUCGAGUAUGAGGCGUCUAAUUCUUCCAUGAUCCGUAUGAAUUCCACCUUCUGUAUCCACUCACGUACUGAUGGGACCCCAGUACUUUUCCACUUAAGUGGUAUUAGCAUGUUUGCUGCUGUCAGCAUAUAGUUUAUGAGUUUGCGUAGGUGGCUUGGCAUGUGGGUGGUGUGCAUGAGGAAUAAAAAGGUUUUGGGGGAGUGUGAUACCUGGUGGCCCGUGAUAGAUGUUAUUAGGCUUCUUAGUCUCUGCCAAUAGGUUUGGGAAAAGCACGUCUUAUGGCUUGACUGGUGUGCAGAUUUCAGGUGGAAGGGUUUUUCAAUCACAAUUUUAAAAAAAUUUUUUUUUUUUUUUUUUGUCCACCAUGACCUUUUCGGUUUUUGAUAUCUAUCUCUAUAGUUGGUGAAACAGGUAAGAUAAGGAAAAAGGGAUGAAAAGUAUUGUCCUUCUAAGGGCACCCCACACAAAUCUUAAGGCUAAAUAGAAUGAAAGCGUGAAGAAUACAUUGUGUGUAAGUCAGAAGUCCUUUUUGAAGCGCUCAUGUCGGGACGUCAGCUGAUUAUGUGUGUGUGUGUGUGUUUUAUCAGAUAUUAGGGAUGAUUUGGUGAGACCUAUUUUUUUUAAUUUAUUUUUUUCAUGGGGGAAAGGGGGGGAGUGUGUGUGUGUCAUUUCAGCUUGAAAUGUUGCACUAGGGGGGCACCUAAAGAAUAAUACCCAACAGGGCAUUACUUGUUACAAAUCAAUAAGUAUAAACCAGGGCUGGAGAAACACUUUAAAUGCAAGAUUUCAUCUAGAUUGUCAGUUACAAUGAACCCGUAGAUGUUUCUGAGGAGCCUACAGACUUCCUGUGUGCCUGGGUUUGUUGUCACCCAUCUCUUAUCCAGCACCCAGUAACUGAUCGAAACCUGAUCCUUUCUUGUUCUGCAGCGAUAAUGUGAGAAUUGCUUAACGUCCUUGGGUAUUUCUGUUCUGUAGGGUAGCUAUGUUUUUGAGAUGAUGUGUGCAUGACUCAGUGUUUUAAAACUAGAAGUGUUGCAAUACUGUAAGUUAGAAAGGAAAAUUGUAAUAUGUGUAACAAUAACGACACACAUACACACACAACAAAAAGGCAGCACUAACAAGUCUCUUAUAACGUGGAUUUAUUUUGUCUGGUUUGUUUUGGCAAUUUCAGGCCUUUAUCAAGAGCUAAUAAACAAUGAAAAUGGAGUAAUAUAUACGUAAAAAUAAAUUAUAAAUCCAUUUACCAGUGAUGUAAGUGUGUGUGUGUUUUGGCUAGACAGAGUGCAAUCUCAGGAGUUUCUACAGAAUACCGUGAUGACAAGCAAGCGUCAAACAUAGUUGUUAAGAGAUAUAAGUCAACUGGUUGUGCAAUGAGUCUGCGGUGGAAAAAAUAAAUUUUAAAAAUGUAAUGAGAUUGAAGUAAAUUAAUAUACAAAGGGAGGAUCUUUACACAGAAUUCAGCCAUAGAGCACUGGAGUAAAGGUAAUGUGUACUCUUAAAUGAAAAUUUGUAUCGUGAAUCAACAAAUAAGGAAGUGAACCUUUUUCCAAAAUGCACUAUAGGGUUUAAAAUUAGGAGGAAAAAAAACAUAUAUAGGUAGAUAUCCAUAUAAGAAGGUAGCUUUAUAAGACGAAAUUAAAUUAUGCAUACUGACAAGCCACAAAAAAAAUCAAAUAAACAGUGUUUCUAAGACACUAAAUGCCAAAAAAGUUUAUAUAUAUAUAUAUAUAUAUAUAUAUAUAUAUAUAUAUAUAUAUAUAUAUAUAUAUAUAUAUAUAUAUAUAUAUAUAUAUAUAUAUAUAUUUUAUAUCAAUGUUUAAUUUGGCAUUAUAUUGAUGUGUAAUGUGAAAUUAAACUUAUUGUAACUAGGACAUUAAAUAUGAGGUAUGUUAAUGUUAUCUUAAUAUGUAAUACACCCAUAUAUCUUAUUCUUUCAUAAGAAAGGCAGUAUAUACGUGAUAACAAACAAUAGUUUUAUGGUGCUAAUCCUCACACUUUGAUAAAGUAUAUGGCUCUUGUGUUAUAAACUACACUUAUAAGUGUAGUAGUUUAAAAUAUAUACUAAAUCGGAGAGUCACAGAGAAAGCAAUGUAUUCGUAUUGAGACGGUGUAUCCAAUAGGUUUUCUUUUGAAGUAGUAGCUUGGAUCAAUCUUCCUCUCGGAGGAGGUGGUACGUGAUCUAUUGUGAUGAAUCGUAAUAUAGGAAGCCGAUGUCUUACCUGGAGGAAAUGUUUUGCUACUGGCUUAUCAGUUUAAAAAGUAUAACAAAAGGGAGAAACCUUAAAUGGGUAUAAUCAUGUGAAAAGAGGUAUAAAUGGCCUCUGUAAUUGUUAAUCUAACCUGAUCAUAUUUAUAAUAAACCUAUUAUUUUUUUUAUAUUCUAUUUUUAGGGUGUUGGUCGGACACUUUUUAGGCGAUUCUUUUUCACGUAAUUAUAUCCAGUGGUAUAUUAUUUGUGUACUCCCAUCCCUAAAAGCACUGAAGAUGGCUGAGCGAUCGCCUCGGACGCGAUUUCCCCGAUAGUGAGAUCAGUAUUUGUGUAAAUAGCAUGAUCUGUGAUAUGGUGUUUAAUGUAGAUAUGAUUCGAAUUGUGCGGGAGUGCAAUUAUAUCACGGUACAUCAUGUGGCUACAGGUUAUGCAGCCAGAACCCUUGUACAACCUGGUUUUGCAACCUGGUUUUGCAGCUUUUCCAUUAAGUAUUGUAACAGUGUGAUGGAUCAGUCCAUACUUUUAUAUCGAAUUUUUGUUGCUCUUGUUGCGAAUAGCUGGUCUCUGCCGGAAUGUUGAUGGUAAACUCAAAUCAUUGUAUUUCCACAUGCAAGAAAUCUGUUUUAUCUUUUUUUUUUGUUUUUUUUUUUUAUAUCAUCACUUUUAUUUCGAAGUACUCUGAGAUACUGUGAAAUUAACAAAGAAUUCUUUACAUAAUGUGGAUGAAAACUGCUAGCAAGCAGUAUGGUAUUGUGGUCCAUAUCUUUUCUGUUUAGAGCAUAUUAAAGGGACACUAUAGUCACCAAAACAAGUUUAGCUUAAUUAAGCAGUUUUUGUGUAUAGAUCAUACUUCUGAUGUUUCACUGCUCAAUUCUCUUUUUUAUUAGGAAUUAAAUCCUUUUUGUUGAUGCAGCCUUGGCCACACCUCCCCUGGCUGUGAAGGACAUAGGCUCCAUGAAAAAAAUGGUUUUGGUUUCAAUCAGACUUUAAAACUUUUAAUCUCCUACUCUGUAAAUUGAGCUCUAAUUACAUACAGGAGGCUCCUGUAAGGUCCAGCAUGCUAUUAACAGAGGAGGAGAUAAGAAAUCUAAAUUAAACAAUUUUCAGUAAAGGAAGUGUAAAUAUUAGAUGACUCUUUGCAGAAAGUGUUUAGGAAGGCUGUGUAAGUCACACUCGCAGAGGGCUGUAUAAACAAAAUGAUUUAACUCCUAAAUGGCAGAUAAAUUGAGCAGCGAGACUGCAGGGGCAUUAUCUAUACACCAAAACUGCUUCUUAAACUAAAGUUGUUUCGGUGACCUAUAGUGUCUCUUUAAAUUUUAUGUUGAUUUCUGUAUUCCUAAACAUCAAAGUAUGUGAGAUACUUUCUUAAAGGAAUACUAUAGUGCCAGUAAUACAAAGCUGUUUCCUGGCACUGUAGCUCUCUGUCUCCCCUUUUUCUUUUUUUCUUUUUUUUUUUAAACUUGCCUUUUCCCAGCGCUGGGUCCUGCCUCUGCCCCUUCUGACAGGCUGCAAUGGGCAGGCGUUAAUGUGCGUGUGCGGAAAAUGCUGCGCACAUUAGCCCUCCCCGUAGGCAAGCAUUGAAUCAGUUAAAGGACCACUAUAGUGCCAGGAAAACAUACUAGUUUUCCUGGCACUAUAGUGCCCUGAGGGUGCCCCCACCCUCAGGGUCCCCCUCCCGCCCGGCUCUGGAAGGGGGAAAGGGGGAAAAAAACUUACCUUUUACCUUUUUGUCGGCUGAAUGCGCACGCGUGGCAAGAGCUGCGCGCGCAUUCAGCCUGUCUCAUAGGAAAGCAUUUACAAUGCUUUCCUAUGGACGCUGGCGUGCUCUCACUGUGAAAAUCAGUGAGAGGCACGCAAGCGCCUCUAGCGGCUGUCAAUGAGACAGCCGCUAGAGGAAAUAGGGGAAGGCUUAACCCAUUCAUAAACAUAGUUUCUCCGAAACUGCUAUGUUUAUGAAGAAAUGGGUUAACCCUAGCUGGACCUGGCACCCAGACCACUUCAUUAAGCUCAAGUGGUCUGGGUGCCUAGAGUGGUCCUUUAAAAUACUGGACCAAAGUUUUGAUAUCUGUUUUGAUACAAGCAGCCCUUUAGUGGCUGUCUGUUAGACAGCCCCUGGAUGUAUACUUGGUGCUGCAGUGUAAACAUUGCAGUUUCUCAUUGCAGCACUAGGUGCAAAGGGGACAGUGGACCCAGACCACUUCAAUUAGCUGAACUUGUCAGGGUGCCUACAGUGUCCCUCCAAGUAGGUUGACUUACAUAUCAUUCCAAAUGAAUUUUAUUCAUUUAUUUAUUUAUUUAUUUUUAACACAAGUUUUGUACAUGUAGUGUUAGAAAUUAAAUUUUGUUAAUUUUGAAGAUCUAUCAUGUUCAGUCUUCAUUUUAAAAAAUAAAUAUUGUUUUUUUUUUCGGUGUUUGUAUGUAUUGGAAUAUUUGUUUUAAGGAACACUUUAUAGUGUCGAGAAUACAAACCUGUAUUGCUGACGUGACUGUGACUUUCUCUGAAACUGCUAUGUUUAACCCCUUAAGGACCAAACUUCUGGAAUAAAAGGGAAUCAUGACAUGUCACACAUGUCAUGUGUCCUUAAGGGGUUUUAAGGAAAAAAAAAAAAAAGAGGGGUUAACCCUAGCUGGACCAGGCACCCAGACCACUUCAUUAAGCUGAAGUGGUCUGGGUGCCUAUAGUGGUCCUUUAUUUUACAAUGAUGGUACGAUAUCCUUAUGCUGCAAUGCAUUCUUAUUACGGCUACUGAGGUUUGCGAUAUACCAAUGUGGAAGCAAAAUAUAGAAAAUUACAUGUUGUGGGUUUUUUUUUUUUGUUGUUUUUUUUAACUUCAUUCCUUCCAAAAUGCUAUGUUGUUGCUUCUCAAGAGACAGUUGAGAAAGCAGGUGCUCAGUGGAUGAAACUAAGAGGAGUAAGAGAAAGCAAAGGAAUGUUUGUUGCUCCGCUCUAUAAACUUCAGACCUCAAAAACCACUUUACAACUAAAAUAUCUUUCUACAAUUACUUUUGUGCUGUGUGCGCUGAAAAUAGUCUUCCACUAUUAAAUGUAUCUUGCUUAUAACAGGUUGUGUGUGACACAACUUACCUGGGUCUUUUGCAGAAUAAUCUGAUACAGCUCCUCACUCAUUGGUUUAGAGAGCGCUCAGCGGCGUGCUCUCAGCCAGUGAGCGUGGCACUGUUGAACACAGUACAGGGCGGCUGGUAAGCAGUCAGACUUAUCUAAAGUGAUUUUUGACAAAUUUCAUUGGUAGGGCACCAGGGUGGUCCUGCCACCAUAACUACUGCACAAGGUUGUGCUUGGUAUGUUCCUUUAAGAAAGUGUGGAUUUGGUGUUUGCUUAGAAUGGCUAUUAACCAUUUAUGCAUGUGUUUUUGUUCCUUUACACAGUAACGGGCCAAAUGGCUGCGAUUUUACUGGAGAAAAGGUUAAUGAAAUUUAAAAAUACUUCAAGCAUUAUAUUUGCCAUUGUGGAAAAUCCCCUAAAUACCGGGAUUUGGACUGUUUCCUGUUUUUAUAUAAUUCCAGUAGCUUUAAGAUAAUGUUCAUUAAAAUGGAACCCAACGCUAUGUUAAUCUGACGUGUGCGUGUAAGGGAUGGGCGCCGUCCCUGCCGCCGUGAUGUUAAGCCUCCCAGCUAUUUCCUACACACAACCUGUGCAGCUACAAUCCCAUACCAUGAAACUAGGCACACCCAAUUGGCUCCAUUGCUUGUGCCCAUUCAUCUUUAGGAGUGAAAUAAUUGGGUGAGUCUCCAAAAUGCUUAAUCUCUCUAGUUAUCUCCUGUAGCCCUUUGUUCUUUCAGGAGGAAAUCCAUUUACCAGUCUUGGCUAUCAAACAUAGAAACAUAGAAUGUGACGGCAGAUAAGAACCAUUCGGCCCAUCUAGUCUGCCCAAUAUAGCCAUUAACAAGUUGUUGAUACCAAGUAUCAGAGAAGGGCGCCUUAGAUGUAAAAAUACCAUUUAGCACACCAGCCCCCAUUACCUCUUUAAAUAUAGUAAAAUCUUACCUUUAUUUGAGUCUGCUGGCUCUGCCCUUGAUCUGCCUUAUUGGCUGACAUCAUCCGAAGUGGUGAUCUCUGCCAAUUAAUACUUUCCCAUAGCAAAUCAUUGGAUUGGCUGAGACGGUCAAGGAGGCAGGGUAAGAGCCAGCCCCCUCCAAACACCACCCUGGCCAGUCAGUAUCUCCUCAUAGAUAUGAAUUUAAUCAAUGCAUCUCUGAGGAAAGGUCACUGUAUUCAUGCAGAGGGUGGAGACACUGAAUGGCAGCGCUGCUCAAUGUGCAGCACCUCUAGCAGCCAUCUGAGGAGUGGCUAGUGGAGGUAUCCCUAGGCUGUAAUGCAAACACUGCAUUUUUUUUUUCUGAUAAGACAGUGUUUACUGCAAAAAAACUGAAUGGAAUAAUUACUCACCAGAAAAACUACAAUAAGCUAUAUGUUCUGGUGACUAUAGUGUCCCUUUAACAACGGAAGUACCCCGUUUUAAUUUUUAAACAAAAUAAUUUUUUUUUAAUAGCGAGCUACUGAUUCAUUUAGAGCAUAAGCUGACCUGGCAUCACCCAGCGCUUCCUGUAACUCCGUUUCAGGAGCCAGAUGCCGUCAGGGGGACCUUGGGAUUGGCACUGGAGGCAACCUUUGUGGAUUAAACUGUUAGAGAACGAUUUAAACCUUUUGAAGGUAAAAGCGCGUAGGGGCCUCCUGUCACCAUAACAACUUAAUUUAGAUGAACCAGAGUGUUCCUUUAAAGGACCACUAUAGUGCUAGGAAAACAUUAGUUUUCGUGGCACUAUAGUGCCCUGAGUGUACCCCCACCCUCGGAGUCCCACUCCCGUGGUGCUAAAGGGGGUGGAAGGGGUUAAUCCCUUACCUUUUUUUCAGCGCCGGGCUCCCUCUGCGCUGGGACUCUCCUUCCUCUUCUGAUGUCAUCGGCUGAAUGCGCAUGUGUGGCAAGAGCCACGCGUGCGUUCAGCCAGUCCAUAGGAAAGCAUUCUCAAUGCUUUCCUAUGGACGCUGGCGUCUUCUCACUGUGAAAAUCACAGAGAGAAGCGCGGAAGUGCCUCUUGCGGCUGUCAAUGAGACGGCCACUAGAGGCUGGAUUAACCCAUAGGUAAACAUAGCAGUUUCUCUGAAACUGCUAUGUUUACAGCAGAAAGGGUUAAUCCUAUAUGGACCUGGCACCCAGACCACUUCAUUAAGCUGAAGUGGUCUAGGUGCCUAUAGUGGUCCUUGAAGUGUAAAUAACAUGUGAAAAAUGGGGGGGCGGUUGAAUUUUUCCACACUUCUUCUUACAUUUAUUUUUUUUUUUCUCCCCAGAAAAAAUCACAAUGGAUUCAUGCAUUGGUCCAGAUGUGUGGGUUUUUUUUGGGGGGGGUUGACACCUAAAAAGUGGAGAAAAUACAUUUUUAUAUAUACCGUAUAUACUCGAGUAUAAGUCGGGACCCCUAAUUUUACCCCAUAAAACUGGGAAAACGUAUUGACUCGAGUAUAAGACUAGGGUGGGAAAUGCAGCAACUACUGGUUAAAUUUCUAAAUAAAAUUAGAUCCCCCAAAAAUUAUAUUCAUUGAAUAUUUUAGUGUAUUAGUGCAGUGUGUGUGUGUGAUGCAGAGCCUUGGUGGGGGGUGGGCAUUUAUAUAUAUAUAUAUAUAUAUAUAUAUAUAUAAUAUAAUAUUUUUUUAAAUUUAUUUUAUAUUGUUAUCUUAUUUAAAUUUUUAUUUUUCUUCGUCCCCCUUCCCUGCUUGUUAGUUGGCCAGGGAGGGGGGCUCUCAUUCCAUGGUGGUCCAGUGGUGUGUACUGUGUAGGAGGGGGCUGGCAGGAAGCGUUUACUUACCUUUCCUGCAGCUCCCUUAUCUCUCCUCCGAUCAGCUCCCCUGUAAGUCUCGCGGUCUGAGUGCCGCGCGGAGCGUUGCCACGGUAAUCCAUGGCAACGCUCUGACCCCACGGCUCUCACGAGACUUGCAGGGGAGCUGACCGGAGGAGAGAGAAGGGAGCUGACAGGAGCUGCAGGAAAGGUAAGUUACAGCUCGCUGCCAGCCCCCAACAGGACCGCCGGGCUUGUAAUGAGCCCGGCGGUCCUUGUCUGUAUUAAGGCAGUGUAAGUUGCCAUAAUACAGACACUCACACAAGUGUAAUACAGACACACAAAAAAAUGUGCCGAAAAACUCGUCUUAUACUCGAGUAUAUACAGUAUAUUAUAAAAUAAAGCCUUUUAUGAUAUACACUGCUAAAAAAAUAAAGGGAACACAAAAAUAACACAUCCUAGAUCUGAAUGAAUUAAAUAUUCUUCUGAAAUACUUUGUUCUUUACAUAGUUGAAUGGGCUGACUCCUAGACAGUCUGUUGUGCAACGUGACGAUGGAUGGAGCGAGACCUGAUGUCCCAGAUGUGCUUAAUUGGAUUCCGGUCUGGGGAACGGGCGGGCCAGUCCAUAGUAUCAAUGCCUUCGUCUUGCAGGAACUGCUGACACACUCCAGCCACAUGAGUUCUAGCAUUGUCUUGCAUUAGGAGGAACCCAGGGCCAACCACAGUAUAUGGUCUCACAAGGGGUCUGAGGAUCUCACCUCGGUACCUAAUGGCAGUCAUGCUACUUCUGGCAAGCACGUGGAGGUCUGUGCAGCCCCCCCAAAGAAAUGCCACCCACACCAUUACUGACCCACUGCCAAACUGGUCAUGCUGAAGGAUGUUACAGGCAGCAGAACGUUCUCCAAGGCAUCUCCAGACUCUGUCCCGUCUGUCACGUGCUCAGUGUGAACCUGCUUUCAUCUGUGAAGCGCACAGGGCGCCAGUGGCGAAUUUGCCAAUCUUGGUGUUCUCUGGCAAAUGCCAAACCUCCACGGUGUUGGGCUGUAAGCACAACCCACACCUGUGGACGUCGGGCCCUCAUACCACCCUCAUGGAGUCUGUUUCUGACUGUUUGAGCAGACACAUGCACUCUGGCAGUGCUCAUCCUGUUCCUCCUUGCACAAAGGCGGAGGUAUCGUUCCUGCUGCUGGGUUGUUGCCCUCUUACGGCUAACUUUGGCCAGUGUUUUUGACUAAGUGGCUACUAAAAAAGACUGGACAUACCCCAUAUUGAAUACACUGGGUUGUCUACUUUAAAAAUAUGUACAUGUGGGGUGUUAUUCAGAGAUUUAGGACAGAUAAUAGUGUUACAAUGUCACUAUUGAUACAUUUUAAAAAUGUAUGUUUUGAAACCGCAAUAUCUUACUUGUACCUAUAGCCCUAUAACUUGCAAAAAAAAGCAUGUAAACGCUGGGUAUUUUUAAACUAAGGACAAAAUUUUGAAUCUAUUAAGCAGUUUUUUUUUGUUUUUGUUUUUUUUCAACUUACAUUGCCAUAAUACAGACCAGGACCACCAAGAUCAUUACAAGCCCGGCGGUCCUGUUAGGGGCCGGCAGCAAGCUGUUACUUACCUUUGGAGCAGCUCUGUUCAUUUCCCCAGUGUAAAUCUCGCGAGACCCGCGGCUGUCAGAGCCCCAUGGCAACGUUUUGCGCGGCACGCAGACCACGAGAUUUACACUGUGGUGAUGAACAGAGCUGCUGCAAAGGUAACAGCUUGCUGCCUGCCCCCCCACUGCUCAGUAUGUGCCACUGGACCACCAGGGAAUGACAUAGCCCCCCCCCCCUCCCUGGCCAAGUAUCAAGCGGGGGGGGGGGAGUGACAAAAAAUAAAAAUAAACCAUUAAAUAUUAAAAUAACAAAAUAAUAUUAAAAUAAAAUUAUAAAAAUGCCCUCACUGCAUUCACACACACACAAACUCUCUGCAUCAUAUACAUACACACACACACUGCAUCUAAUUUUAUUUAGAAAUUUACCAGUAGCUGUUGCAUUUCCCACCCUAGGCUUAUACUCAAAUCAAUGGUUUUUCCCAGUUUUUUUGAGGUAAAAUUACGUGCCUCGGCUUAUAUCCGGGUCGGCUUAUACUAGAGUAUAUACGGUAUAUGAUUUCAUUAUAAGUGUACUUUGAGAUAUAUACACAUAUCUCAAAAUACUUAUAGUGUAAUCAUAUAUAUGCAUAAUAUAAAAUACUUUAUUUUAUAAUAUAUUAUACAUAUAGGAAAUAAAAGUGUGUGUUUGUGGUCGGGACACUAAGCAGAGUUAGGUUAGUGGUGCACAACUCUGUUGUGGUGUGCCGAAACAGACAUGUAUUAAUGGGAGGGGAGGGGGCAGUGUAUUAAUGGGAAGGAAGGAUGGGGCCCAGUGUGUUAAAUUAGGGGUAUGUAGGGCAGUGUUUAACAGUGGAGGGAGGGGGGCAACGUACUGGAUUUGUGGGCAGUGUAUUAGAUUAGGUCUGCAUGGAGGCGCUGAAAGGAGAUUGGCCGCACAGCUUUUUGUCACACAUGAACAAUAGCCUCCCUAUUGGAAAGCAUUGGAUUGGCUAAGAUCAUAAAGUUUGAUCUCCGCCAUAGUGAAGAACACACUCUUAGAACUUCAAAAUAAACAAGAUAACGUAAUUUGUUUUUUGCAUUUCUUAAUAUGUCAAGGUAGUUGGGCUGAAAUGUUGGUUAUAUGCAACUGCACGUUUCCUUAAAAUAAAUUUGCUCUUUUGUACUUUAAACCCCUACAAGCGUGAUGACGUCCAGUGUUAGACAAAUUAUUUUAUACUGUAAUUUUCUAAAUAAACCUACGUUUCUAUGAAAACUGAUGUUUUUUUUUUUUUUGUGGCCCACACAAACUUAAACCUUGUUUAUUUGGCCCGUCUUUGAGUUUGCUUGCCAUAACUGCUUUUGCCAAGAGGCGGAGAUAAGAGGCAGUAACUAUGAUUUGGCCCUAGGGGCGAAUACCUCCAUAGUUGAGGAUGGGAGUUGGGACUGCUAUAUAAUUGCAUGAGAAGCCGAAAACUACCUAUGGCCACUUAGGGUACCAUAACAGCCAGACCAAGCUAAAGAUAAGUUUUUUGUAAAGCGAGCGGUUGUUGUAAGAAGGGAGAUAGUAUUGUAUAGCGAGUCCCUUAUGUGGUGACUUGAAAAACGUAAAUGCAAAACAAUAAAUGUGGCAUGAUUAGACUUACACCUGGCAGAUAAAUGAUAGCUAUGCUAGAAGUUGAUGGUAAGAAUAGGUGAAUAGAAAGUGGAGGGCAAAAGAAAAGGUUUAGAGAUCCAAAAUCCAACCAGAGAGAGACCCAAGAACUAGGUGUUCAUAAUUCAGAACUACGACACCAACACUAAUAAAAAUUGCAACCGAGAUUUCCGUUAAAGUAGGUAAAGUAAGUGCAAUGAGACCAGGACACACAUACUCUAUUAAUCUGUUACCAAACUAACCAAAGGAAAUUGAACAGUGUAAUAAAUGACUCAGUUGACCAUGCAUGCAAAAGUACCCCCAGAUAUGCAACAGUUGGUAUAAAGUCUACCUGGUGAGACUUGGCAUAAUAUAGGUCAUUAAGGAGGUGACCAGAAUAAUUGAACAAGACCCCUGUGAAGUAUAUGUCAAGAGGUGAGGGUACAGUUAACAAAUUAUUAAGUUGAGGUUAGUGACAGAAAAGCAUAAUAUAAAACACAAAAGUGCAGACGUGGAGUUUCUGAAAAUUAACAGUUUACAUCAAAAGCGGAUACUGGAUACCGGAUUGUACCGAAUCUAAGCAUGAGUUUCCACUGCACAUCCUUCCACUAGAGAAACUUGAACUAUGUAUGAUAAAGAGCACCCUGAGAAAUAACCAACCAUCACAUCUAAUCAAAUCCCAUAGCGUACUGCACGAAACAACAUACCAGAACUAGCAAGUGCCUUAAAGUGGAAGUACUAAACAGUUAAAAUAAUGACAGACCGAAGAGACCUGGGUAUGUUUAAUGCGUAGUGAUAGGUUCCAGGUUCUCGGGACUGUGCUGAGAGGGCCGUAUGGAAAAGACUUGCGUGGGUCUAAUGAGGCCAUGUGUAAUAUUGGAAUGUAGUAUGAAAUAUUGUAUUUCUUUGACCCUCGUAUGUAAUUGCCCAAAUGAGGGGCCAAAAUUGUUGUUGUGUUCGUGGAGGGCCAUGUGUAAACGUAUGGUGUGAGGGCCAUGCGUAGAGGCAUUGUAGCGGAAGGCAGUCUGCUUAAUGCUAGUCCUGAGCUGCUGGAUGGAGAAAUAGGGCUGUAUGGAUGUAUGGAACAAACAAAAGAAUAGGCAUACCAAGGUGCAGGUGUUGUGAAAUAGCCAAUAUUGAAGCCCUAGUGUUUGGUCCAGUCCAUUGGUAACGGUAGGAAUAGUAGUUUGGCUAGAAGGAUGGUAAUGUGGCAUUCAGUGGACACUGACUAUAAGGUCCAUGCCAAUGGAUGACCAGUAUACAACCAACACAAUGGAUUAUGUGGUGUCUCAAUGUAGGUGACUUGAUACAUAACUUUUCUAAUACUGUGCAAGAACAAAGUGACUGUAUGUGAAGUAAGGAUACAAUGUAUAGCAUAAGGGAUUAAGGUACCAUGGAGUUUGACAGGCUGAGUAAUGGCCGUUUAGGCCUAGUGAGUAUCAGUGGUCUAAUGUUGUAAGAAAGAGUGGUGUAUACACAUAACCCCCAUGAAGCAGGAAGGUACUUAUGCAAAGCCCAAAUGAUGGGCUGAAUUGGUCUUAUUGGACUGCCCACAGAGGGCCAUAUGAUGGAAAUGAAGGCCCAGUAUGGCUGCGUGUGAAGGCAUUGGAUCUGAAACCAAACCAUGAUAACGUUUACUCACAACCUUGCUAUAUGUGAGCAGUUUCAAUAUAUCUAUGAAGAAUAUAAUAAACUCGCCUAAAUAGAUAUUGGUGAACCGAAGGGCUUAAUGCGAGGUAAAGAUAAUGUACAUAAUGAGGGAUUACAAUUAAUUGCCCCAUGAGAUUGGCCAAAUGAGGGUCUUAAGGAUAGGUAUGUUGUCUACAGAGGGAAAAACAAACAAAAAAAUUUGGGGGCAAUAAUAACAUGUGCAUAACAUGUCCAGCUUAGGAAUUUGAAUUAAGUAAUUCAAAAUCAAUUCAUUUAUGUAUCUUGAUUUACAAAGUACAUAAUAUGUGUAGAAUUUCAGUUUAUUUUGAAAGUUACAGGACACAAACUACAAGGUCUAAAAUAAAAUUUCAAUGUGAAAUCAUUUUAGAAGUUGGUAUGUUUGUCUUGGAAGUUUAAUACCCAUCACAGAAAACAAAAUUGCCACUUUAAAGUAUAGAUUUAUAUAAAGUAGACAUCACAGGCUAUUUACCCAAGGUUAUUUUGACACAUUUUACGGAGCCAUUGUAUCGCCAAUCUCUGCUAAAUAUUGGAGUAAAAUUUUAUUUUUUCUCUAUUAUGACAUAUACACAUAAGGUUUUUGUAAUGUGUAUUUCAUAAGCUGGAGUGUGCUAUUCCUGCCCAGAACCCCAUAUUGUGUUCAAAUACAUCUGCUGAGUACAACGAUACCCCCGUUGUAUGCCUUUGCCACUAUUCUGUGAAGCUACAAUGCCAUAUAGGAGACCAUAUAGGAGACCAUGCUAUUUCAGUUUCUAUAGUUGGAAUUUUCAUAGAUGGUCAUAUGUCUGAUUUUGUGGCAUUAUAGCCAUUUCACUGUUCAAAUGCCUUCCAUUUGAGAAAGCAGACACUCCAGGGUAUCUUAUUAGACCAUUUUUUCACCAAUUUAUUUCAACUUUUGUGGUGAUAAUUUUUUUUACAUGUUGCAUUUUCUCUGGGUAUUUCGUAAAUCUGAUAAGUGCUACGGUCAUAAAUUCCCCCUAAGUAUGCUUAGUUACCGUAUAUACUCUAGUAUAAGCCGAGUUUUUCGGCACAUUUUUUGUGCUGAAAAACCCCAACUCGGCUUGUACUCGAGUCACUGUCUGUAUUAUGGCAAUUUACAUUGCCAUAAUACAGACUGGGGGCUGGCAGAGCUGUUACUUACCUCUCCUGCAGCUCCUGUCAGCUCCCUCCUCCUCCGCGCCGGUCCGUGCAGCACCUCGGUCAGCUCCCAGUGUAAGUCUCGCGAGAGCCGCGGGGUCAUAGUGCGGCUCUCGCGAGACUUACACUGUGAGCUGAGAGAGGAGCUGCACGGACCGGCGCGGAGGAGGAGAGAGCUGACAGGAGCUGCAGGAGAGGUAAGUAACAGCUCUGCCAACUCCCCUCCUCCCCCCACUGAACUGCCAAUGCCACUGGACCACCAGGGAAGGAGAGCCCCCCUCCCUGCCAUGUAUCAAGCAGGGAGGGGGGACGAAAAAUAAAUAAAUAAAUUUAAUAUAUAAAUAAAAAUAAUAAUAAAACAAUUUUUUUUUAAAUAAUAUCAAUUAAUAAUAUAUAAAUAAUAAAAAAAUAAUAUAACCAAAAAUUUUUUUUUUUUAUAAAAAUGCCCACCCCCCACCAAAGCUCUGCAACACAAGCACACACUGCAUCGCACACACUGCAUCGCACACACUGCAUGGCACACACUGCAUGGCACACACUGCAUGGCACACACUGCAUGGCACACACUGCAUGGCACACACUGCAUCGCACACACUGCAUCGCACACACUGCAUCGCACACACUGCAUCGCACUCACUCAUACACACACUGCAUCGCACUCACUCAUACACACACUGCAUCGCACUCACUCAUACACACACUGCAUCGCACUCACUCAUACACACACUGCAUCGCACUCACUCAUACACACACUGCAUCGCACUCACUCAUACACACACUGCAUCGCACUCACACAUACACACACUGCAUCGCACUCACUCAUACACACACUGCAUCGCACUCACUCAUACACACACUGCAUCGCACUCACUCAUACACACACUGCAUCGCACUCACUCAUACACACACUGCAUCGCACUCACUCAUACACACACUGCAUCGCACUCACACAUACACACACUGCAUCGCACUCACACAUACACACACUGCAUCGCACUCACACAUACACACACUGCAUCGCACUCACACAUACACACUGCAUCCAUACACACACUGCAUUCAUCAUAUACACACACUGUAAAUAAAUAUUCAAUUAAUAUAAUUUUUUUAGGAUCUAAUUUUAUUUAGAAAUUUACCAGUAGCUGCUGCAUUUCCCACCCUAGUCUUAUACUAGAGUCAAUAAGUUUUCCCAGUUUUUUGGGGUAAAAUUAGGGGCCUCGGCUUAUACUCGAGUAUAUACGGUACCUAUUCUGAGUAAAACAAUAAGCCAAAUGUAUGACCUAAACACUAUUUUGUCAAGUUACAGUGCUGUAAAAGAGACGUGACAAGUUCAGGUUUUUAAGUGUGAAUUUACAUGGAGGAUUUUAAUGGGUCCAUAUUCUCUUUUGUAAUAUGUUAGCAAGCUGCUUUUUCCAACUACCCCAAAAAGGCAUACUAUUUCUUAAAGAAGACACCCAAAGGUAUUUCCAGUGACCUAUUUUGAACCUUAGCGUGAAAUAAUUUUUCUGCUAGCUUGUACCAAGUGUAGUGGUAACAAGUAGUAUUUAUGCCUUUUUGACACACACAAGUAGUUUGUAAUAUAUAUUUUGCAAAUCUUAGAUGUGCUACAAAAUCCAUAUGUUGCUCAGCUAUGUCAUCUGAGUACAGCAAUACCCCUGUAUGUACCUUUUAUACAGGUAUAUGACAACAUUGAAGGGGCACAUUUGAGACACAGCCAUUUAAGUUUGAAUUUUUACGCUGGGUCCAUGCCCCACUUUGGAAUAUUUUUAAUAGGUUGUGUUUUCCAAUUACUUCACAACGGGAUACCAUUUCCUAAAGAAGACACCCCUGGGUGUUUCAAAGGGCAUAUUUUAAACCUUAGUGUGGUAUCAUUUUUCGCUAGACUGGACCAAGUGAAGAGGCUUUUUUUUUUUUUUUUUACAAUUUUUAAACGGUUUAAACUUUUCAAAAGUGGUGUGUUUUUUUUUUUACUUUUAACACCUAACUAACCCAACACUGAAUCCUCCAAUUUCCCCACUAACUCCUACCCACCCUAGCUAAAUAAAUAUUUUACAAAUGUUUAAGUAACUAACUAAAUUUAAACUUAAACCCUGAGGAAGAAAAGAAAAAUAAAGGUUAAUCCUCAGGGGUUAAAAGAAAAAAAUCAGAUCACCGUGAAACACCGUGCAGGCAGUGAUCAAAGGGCAGGGAAAGGGUUAAAUUUUAUUUGAGAGGGGAGUGGGAUUUUAUAACAGGUUUUAUAUAUAUACUAUAGAGAGAGAGACAGACACACACAUAAAAGCAGAGACAGAUCGGGUUUCACUGCAGCAUGUGUGAUCACUCUGACUCCUUUUCAGAGCGAUCACAUGGUCUGAAUCAGUGAAACUGCUUGCUAGAGUGUCUUUAACACGAGACACACUACAGGAUAAUUAACCCCAAAUUGCCGCGAUUGUGACAAUCUGGGGUUAAUUUUAGUAUUGGGCGGAAAUUUUCCGUCCUGUGUCCUUAAGGGAAGUACUGCAAUGACGGAAAACUUCCAUCCAGCGUCCUUUUGGGGUUAAGGCUUAAAUAUGCAGGGAUGGCUUAGUACUUCGUAAGCGUGCAAAAAACAAAUCCCAAUAACCGAACACAUAUCAAACAGGCUGUUACAGGGAAACAAAUCCAGUAUUUAUUUUAUUUUAAAUAAUCACAUGUAUACAUGACCUAAAUUUAAGCAGUCAGUUGCAACACCUAGCCACAUGAUUAAUAAACAAUGUAGGUCCAAUGAGUGCCUGAAUACCCAGAGGUCAGAGAAAUAAAACAUUAAAAAUAGGUUUGCAACUGAAAUACAUUAUACAUUUUAGGAGUUUGUUUAGUAAGAAGAUGUUUAGACAUUUAGAAAAUAUUCCCAACAGGAUACAUUUAUUUUUAUAAAGUUUUAUUGUGUACAGAGAUUGUAUAUAAACGGUUUUCUAUUUCUAUUUCCUCAACCACAUGUAGAGGCCCAAAUUUGGGCCAUACAUAAAUUUAGACAGUUGCAACACCUAGCCACAUAAUUAUAAAUAAUCGUUAAAAACCCACUUCUUCAUAAAAGCGUAUCACUUAAACUGUUAAUAGCUCCCGACUGAUUCCUCUUCUGCAACUGUCACUAGUUUAAUACUAUCCCAACCUUUUUGUGUCAUUUUACCCCACUCCCUCUAGCAUGUAAGCUCAUUGAGCAGGGCCCUCAACCUGUCUGUUCCUGUCUGUUCCUGUCUGUCCAACCUGUCUGGUUACAACUACAUGUCUGUUCGUCCACCCAUUGUAAAGCGCUGCGGAAUUUGAUGGCGCUAUAUAAACUACAUAAUAAUAAUAAUUACUAAACAAUUUAGUCCUAAUGAGUACAUGAAAACCCGCAAGGCAGAUAAAUGAAACAUAAAAAGGGUGACAACUGAAUUGCGUAUGAUAAAAGUUGAUAUGGCCAAUUACAGUAAGUAAAAGCAUGAACCUAAUUGAGGCAUCACUGUAAUGCUAUGUAAGAUUGCAAUAGGCUGAAUGUGCAUUAGUAGUGAAAUUCGCCAUAUCCAAAUGAACAAACUUGGUUUUGUGGAGGAAAAAUAAAAAUAAAAAAAAUGUGUGAACAGUAACAGCCGUGGCUGGGCCAGACACAGAGGUGCCCCAUAAGCUUCGAGGGAGGAGACUCUUUACGAGAAUUAGGUCAAAUGAAUACUUGCAUGGGCCGCAAGCUUGUCUGGAGUUUAGGCAGUUUGUGUUGAACUGGGAGUAGAUGGAUCUGUACUGAACCAGGUAGUCUCAGCCCAGAGGAAGGGGCGACCUGUGUAUUUAUAGCAAUAUCCCCUCCCACAACUACAGGCUCAGCUUUUCUAUAUAUAAAUGAUGAAAAAAAGGCUUACUCAAGAUAUCUGCCUAUAGAGAUGCUGAUAAUACAGACCAGGACCAACGGUCCCGGAGGGCCCGCAGCAAGCUCUUACUUAAAUUCCCAGCAGGGUAGCUCCUGGGAAGGUAAGCUUGCUGGGCCCCCACUGCACAGUCCAUGCCACGGACCACCAGUGAAUGCCAUAUCCCCCCUCCCUGGCCAAGUGAGAAGCAGGGGGGACUAAAAAAAAAAAAAUUUAAUAUUUUAAAAAAAUAUAUAAAAAUGCUCCCCUGCCCUCCCCCCCCCCCCUUAGUACACACAUUACAUACCUACACAAACACACUGCAUUCACUUUACACGCAUACACACACACACACUCUCUGUAUUCAUUAUAUACACACUACACAAACACUGCAUUCACUAUACACACACUACACAAACACACACACUCUGCAUUCAUUAUAUACACUACACACACACUCUGCAUCCACUACACACACACUCUGCACACACACACACACACACACACACACACACACAUAUUCUUGAAAACAUAAUUUCUGACGGACACAUAUAUUGUGCAUUUACCUUCAUAAAAACAGCCCUGGUCUGGUCACUAAGGGGUUAAUGCUACCCUCUCACCUAACUGAAAAUACCAUGAUGCUUUGCCACCAUAAAGGCUGAAAAGCCAUUACCAGAGUUAUAUUUCUGGGACAUCUGGGUUUCUGUCAUUUGGUCAGAAAUACAGAUGUUGCACGUGGCCAUUGGCCACGAAAUCAGUGUGUGCAUUGCUCUGCUUUGUCCCACAGUGCUAACAGCUGUUGAUCCAGUAUAUUUAUGAUCAGUACUUCAUAAAUUAAACAGAGUGAUCCCACAAGUUCUUUCAAAUUCUGCUGGCUACUCUCUUGCUGCUAUUAGCCAGGUUUUUCCGGAUUACCUAAAGUAGAACUUUCAGCAGUAUGUGGAAUUUUAAAACUCAUUGUGCUUUGUAUUUGUAACUACACUGUUUCUUAGCACACUGAUUAUCCGCAUUACCCUGAAUGUGUGUUUUGGCAACAUAUUCUCUGGAUUACGGUUUAAAAAAAGAACAAAUACCUGAAAACUGGAGAAACUGAUGAAUGCUCUGGGUUAAAUACAUUUAUAUCUGCUCCAAUUCUAUUUGUUUUGUAUUGUUUAAUUUUUUUCCUCUAAACACACAUCUCCCUCACACACACACACACAUCUCCCUCACACACACACACACAAAUCUCCCUCUCACUCACACACACACACACACACACACAAAUCUCCCACUCACUCACACACACACACACACACACACACACACAAAUCUCUCCUCUCUACACUCACACACACACACACACACAAUCUCCCUCGCACACACACACACACACACACAAAUCUCCCUCUCACACUCACACACACACACACAAAUCUCCCUCUCACUCACACACAUCUCCCACUCACACACAUCUCCCACUCACACACACACAUCUCCCACGCACACACAUCUCCCACUCACACACACACACACAUCUCCCACUCACUCACUCACACACACACACACAUCUCCCACUCACACACACACACACACACCUCCCACUCUCACACACACACACCUCCCACUCACACACACACACAUCUCCCUCUCUCGCACGCAGCACCCCCAACACACUGCACCACACACAAUACUUCCUAUAAAAAAUAUAUAUAUAUAUAUAUAUAUAUAAUCUCUACAACCCCUAGCCACACAUGCAGUACAUUACAUCAUAAACACAACACGACUAAAACCAACCUUAUUACACAAUACUAUACCACAAUCAGCUCACUCUACACACACAAAAUACCACAAGCAGGCUCCAAACACAUGCACAAUACUCUUUCCUGGCCCUUUUAUCGCCUGGUAUCCCAUUUAGAGACACCAGAGACGAGUUGUAAGGAAACCGUGCAAGCAUGUUACUAUAUUGCGCACACCACCUCUGCCCUACCCCUUCUUAGUGGGACGCUGUGAUUAAAAAAUGCCUGUGCCAAAUUUUUUCCCCCAGUCCACCCUGCUCCAGAGAGCCUGUUUAAACGCCAGACUGCAGCCUAAGCCCAUUAUCAUCCUCUUGUCCUCAUGUGGUGGUAAGGAGGCAAUCCAGUAUGUUGUUAGUGGCACUAAUCUCUAAUACCUCACAUUAAAGGGACACUAUAGUCACCAAAACCACUACAGCUUAAUGCCUAGGGUGGCAAAACUCCUUGCACCAGCCCUGAUCAGGCACGAUGUUGCAUCCUCACCACUCCCUGUGAGUCAUCACAUGCGGAGGUCAGCUGAAGGCUUUAAGACAGUGAAUAAUCCUCUGUAAUGUACAGAGCUGGCUGACUGAGUUUGAUAGGCGUGCGAUUGUCAGCAAUCAUUUACUCCUUUCAGUAACUGCACUGUACGUGCUGCGAUCUCUGUGAUCUCAAUGAUCCCAGGAUGUACUGGCUGCCUGAGAUUGAUAGGACUUUAAUUCCUGACAGCAUGUUCGGUUAAUGCCAGAUUUGUGUAGAAAUUGUGUUGCUUUUUCAAAAGUUUAAAUGUUCAAAUGUACGGAAUAUCGGCAAUGAAUAUCAGCAAUCGGCCCUAAAGGCGACCAAUGAUCUGAAUCUGCAUCAGUCAAUCUCUACUUUUAAUGGAGUUUGUUGUGUGUGCUAGUUAUGAUUGGUUUGGGCAAGUCAGGUUUUGUUUGUAAAUGUUUUGUUUGAUGUAUUUGUUUUGUAUUUAUCUCCUUUAUUUUCAGGGACAGAUUAAUGUGCAGGAUAUACAUUUAUAUUGGGUUUUCUUCAGUCAGUGCCACAAUCUUCCUUUUUUCUCCCCACCCCUCCCCCCUCAUCAGCUCCUUUUGCUUAACUCUGCAGUCCCCAUCACGAGGGGGUUAUGAGUUGGGAGUUUUGGGUCUGUGUUUUGCCCUUUUCCUGCUUAUCUUUCUUGUAGAGAGUGCGUGCUAUGACCCUCUGGUAGCCAAGUGGAGUUUAGCAUUCCUCAAUUUAAAGGGAUGCUAUAGUACCAGGAAAACAAACCUGUUUUUCUGGCACUAUAGGCUCCUGGAGUGCCCCCCUCCCUCAGGGCUGAAGGGGUUAAAACCCCUUCAGCCACUUACCUGAAUCCAGCGCCAAUGUCCCUCGGUGCUGGGUCAGGCUCCGCCCACGCUCUUUCCCCCGCUGACAUCAGCCAUCGGGGGGAGACCUAAUGUACACAUUAGACCUCCCCAUUGUGUGCAUUAGACCUCCCCAUAGGAAAGCAUUAUUCAAUGCUUUCCUAUGGCGAAAUCUGACGCUGGAGGUUCGUGAGGAAAUACAGUAUCAGAUAACGGACCAAAAGUCUGUUUGGAUUCCGGAAGUUCUCUAGUGACUGUCUGGUAGACAGCCACAGAGGGAAGACUUAGUGCUGCAAUGUAAACAUUGCAGUUUCUCUGGAACACAUAGGUGCAAAAUGGUCACAGCACCCAGACUAUUUCAAUGAGCUGAAGAGGUCUGAGCGCCUACAGCAUCCCUUUAAAAUUUGUGGUCCAGCUUAUGUCACAGUUCACACUUAAAAGAAUACUCUGCACACCAUAACCACUACAGCACAAUUACAUAGUUAUGGUGCUUCAAGACUUUUCUGUCAAACUGCUUUCAAGCAGUUUGAUUAAAAAUACCAAAACAGGGCUCUCCCAAGUACUCAAACCCUGGCCGCUUUGCAGUCUCUCUAUUGUCAAAACCCAUCCAACUUUGGAUGGCAGUGAUAGACGGAGCGCUCGUUGGGUGGAUUAGCCAAGUUCUCUCAGCCAGUCAUUGCCAGCAAAGGAUGGGGCAGCUUUAAUUUAUGAUGCAGAAACAAUUCAACCUCAACCAGGGCAGCGACACCCACAUGUCCUGUAUACCAUAUCCAUUGCGCUGAGCUGUAGGGUUUAUGGUGUUUGUAAUCCUUUAAACAUGAACAGUGUUCAUAGUUCACGUGACAUGCUGAGGCAGCUAUUUGAUAACGGUGACAUUCUAUGGAAAGUCAUUUAAGUCUGCAGUACGGAUAAACAUCAGCCAACAUCUCUGGCGAGUGAGCUGCCGUGUGUGUAUCUGCUUAUCUCAACAACUGGCACUGCUGGAAUAGCAUGUCCACAUGCUUUUUGCCUUUGUAGCCUUGUGCGAGGCUGGCAAACGAACCAUAUCAUGCCGUCUAAAAUAUAUUUCAUAAAAUAUACAGUGAGGCAUUUCUCACCAAUAUGCCAUGAUACAAGGACGUUACUCCUCCCUCUCAAACUAAUUCAUAAAAAUAAAUCUUAGCCAUCUGAUAUUUGAUUUGUUUUUUUUUCCCCCCCUAAUUCUUUUAAUAACAUGCACUCAUACCAGGUGUUUUUGUCCCUAUUCUUGGUUUGAACAAAAAUAAAUGUUUGUGUGUUGUUCCUCUUAUGAUGAAUGCUGAAGCACUUUCAAAGCAAGUAAUGCACUUUUUGUGAAGGGAAUGCAGCCCUUUUUUUUUUUUUUGUGACUAGUCAGAACUGGUGCAGCGACCAUUGAAUUAUUCCACGUAGCGUGAUAAUGGAGAGAAAAAUGUUUGCUUAAAGGAAUACAGACCUAUUGGUAACAAAGUUCUCUCCUGCACAAUUUUGGGCCCCCUACUUUUAAAUAUUAAAAUCAAUUUUACUUGCCUUUCAUCCAUCACUACAGCAGCCUCUUCAUCCCCUGGCUGAACUCAUCAUUGCUGAUUAUCUAAACCAAUCAAAUGCUUCUCCAUAAAGAAUAAUUGGGGGCCUACAAUGCAUGCGAGGCAAUCACAGCACUGUGCCAAUCAGCAUCUCCUCAUAGAGCCUUACAUGAAUUCAUCACUAUGGGAAGCAUUCAGUAUUUUCAUGCAAGGAUGUCAAAUGUUGGGCUGCAAGCUGGCCAUUGCUGGAAGGGUGUAGAAGAGGGCGGGCUAGGGACUUAAAUUGUGUUACUGGUGCUGCCCAAAGAAUUGACAGGUCAGCCUGGCAUGAAUGCAUGCCAGUCCCACAGGCCAGCCCACGGAGGACAGGAUAUGGAGCGAGCACUGUUUCAGUGCUGUCUGCAGGGUCCUAGUGCCUUUAGCGUAAUGAAGCUAGUCCAAUGAUGCGCUUGUGCUCUACUUUUUGGAUACUGUUCGAUGGUCCCAUAAAGCCUAAAUCUGGAUGGUUGGAAGGCAUGCCAUUACAGGAGACCCCUCUAGUGGCUAACUGAGGGUCAAAUGUAAACACCACCACUUCAAACUAAAAACAGAGUGCCGAGACAGGCUUUGCAUGAAAAAGACUACAGUAAGCUGGAGUUGUAUUGGUGCCUGGUGUCCCUUUAAAAUGCAGGGUCCUAGUGGAGCCUGGCAGCCAUCCUGUACAGACGCCAUCUAAGCUUGCUCUCCCAAAACCAGAGACAACCUGCCAAAAAUCUACCGCACCAUCCAUCCACUAAAAACACCGAUUAAUGCCAUUCUUCCAGGCACCUAAGCAGCUCAAACACAGAUGCAAACCCGCGGCCUACCACGCCUACCGGGGCCUGGAGGCCUACCGGGGCCUGGAGGCUUACCUUAACGGGAUCUACUCAAAACUCUCCACACCCAACGAGGCCACAGGAAAGGCUACCAUGGGCCGCCGCUCACAAAAACCCACAACCGGCCCCUACACACAAGGUAGAGACAUUGGGGAGAUGCUGUCCCGGCCUACACACCCAGAACCAGCACAUGCCAUGCACCUCAACACCAGCAGUCCUACCUCCGAUCCGAACAGGGACGGACCAACCGGCGCAGGGACUCCCCCGGCGGAACACGUCCAAUCGCCUGACACCCAAGACGACUCAGCCCCUACCACCAAAGGGGAUCUGAAAGCACUCCUAGUAAAUAUACAACAACUGCUGGCAGCUGAUGUCGCAAGGGUUAAAACAGACAUAAAACAUGUAACGGACCGUGUCAGAACUGCAGAGGCAGACAUCACAACCGUUCAGGACGAGGUCUCCGGCCUCAGACUCUGUCCAACAAAUUCAAAUGGAACAACACGUACUAGCUGCUCAACUCAUGUCCCUGGACGACAAACGGCACCAGACCCACAUCAAAAUCCGGGGUGUACCCACCACAGUCCCAACUGAGGAACUAGCACAAUACACGCGACGGCUACUCGCCACACACAAUACUGCCUCAGGCAACGGCCAAGAAAAUUGUCCUGGAUGGAAUUUAGAGUCACAGGCUCAGUCCGUAUCUCACCCAGCCCAUCCAGGGAUGUAAUCCUGCGCUGCACAACGGUGCAAGAUAAAAUACAAAUAAUGACAGCCCAAAAGGGCAAAACACCGCUGGCCUUUGAGGGCUAUAACAUUCUAUACCUGUGCAUAACCUCACGUAUGCGACUUUCUCCCUAUGUGAUCUGUUUGUGUGUUUUUUGUUUUUGUUUUGUUUGUUUUUGUCUUUACCUGUAUUAUCACUGUACUAAACACUACUACUACUUACAUGAGGUGCCCAUGCACACAACAAUACCAAACAGACCCCAACAACAGACAAGAAGAUGGCACCUACCUUAGAAACAACCAGUCUGCCCCCCUCCCCCCCACCCCGCUAUCCCCAAGGUAAGGGGAAACGGUCAAGAUGCCACAUGAUUUACCUCGAAGCCUCACACACUUGAUAACCCACCAUACUUAAACCUAAUGAGGGCACCUAGACAGGUACACACAGGCAUCUGACACCACACGCCUGAUCCAAACCUGCACCACGCAUAUACAUGCUCCCAGAUACCCUGCUCAAUCACAACUAGAAAUCACGAGCAUUCCCACACGCCCAAAUCUGUAGUAUCCCAGGGGACUAGAUCACCACCUACCACACCUGCCACUAAUCGGCCAACCCCGGGCUUGUUACCUCACAUGUUUAAGAUCAGAAAAAGUGCUUUAAACCCUCCUACUAAUGUUAUCCAAAAUGUUAACCGCAAUGUAAUGCAAGAAAUGUACCUAAGAAAUUACUACAAAUAUUGAUGUUGACAUGAUGACAUACGCACGAAAAAUAAAGAAUUAAAAAAAAAAAAAAUGUAAAUUAAAUCAACAAGAGAGCUCAUGUUCUCCAAGUACAACAAAAGUGUAAGAAUGAAGUUUUGGUUUUUGACAUUCUUUAUUUUUGUGCGAACAAAGAACAGAUGUACGUGUAGUACGACAGCAAUAACUCUUAUUUCAACAUUAUGAAAUCAUAAAUACAAGGCAUGGUGGAGAUGCAUUUUGCACAAUUUUAUACAUAGAUAUAUAGACUGAUAAGUUGUAACGAUAAGUAAAAUAUGGAAAGGUAAGCAUGCAAAAAACACCCGUCUAUGGAGAACAGGGACAAGGUAAAUAGGAAGUCCAGGAGGAGAUGUCAUGAUAUAUGUGGUGAGCCAAUCCGCUUAAGAAAACUGCAGGCUAAGUGUGCGCAAUGUGGCGUAGAAUACAUGCGUCAUAUGGAUGUAGAGUAUCUCUACAGGGCCACAUGCAUCAGUUGGGGCAUUUACCAUUAGUACAUGUAAGCAUUGUGUAGGUCACAGUCGAAGGAGUAGGGUGGACUAGGCCAACUCGCUACUUGUAGUCAUCUUGUAAUUUUGGGGUAUUUAGAAUCCCAUGAGAACUAAAACAUCUCGAUUUUAUAUUCUUAACACAUUUUUAUUGGCUGACUCUGGUUGAUUAUUAAAUUUUAAUUGAAUUUUACAGAAAAAUACCUCUGUGUAUUUAAUGAUUAUGUUGACGUCUCAAAGGCUGCAUUUGAUGUACCUAAACAUUUGCAUUUUUAUAAUUUUACUUUAUCUGGGAGAUUAAGAUAUAUGCUCAGUUUGAGUUAUCCCUGUACUCUCAGCCAAUUAUCACUGCCCUGGUUGGACCGAAUUUUGUAACACAUUCCACUUUAUCAGUGAGACUUGCGCCCACUCCAUUUGCAAAUUCAACGCAAGUUCAGUGACUUGCUUCAGUAUAAACCAAUAGAUGCCUGUAAUUAAACAGGAUUUUCAGAAAGAGGAAGUCCUGAAUUUCUGAUGAAAUUUAUGACCUGUAUAAGUAAUUUUUGGGUUGAUCUAAGCAGAGAGAAUGUGUCGGGUUGCUAAUGGAAUUUGGGGGGAAGGAGGGUAACCCCAUAGUAUUGAAUAUGAAAACAAGGGGAGGAUUGGAGGUAGAGACUGUUUCAAACCUCCCGAGCCUGACCGGUAGAAAUGGAGGAGCCGCCCAUAAGUAAAUGGUUAAAAAAAAUAAACUUUAAUAAGUAUAAUAGAAAAAAAAAAUCACAUGUGGGUUUAAACACAAAUCUAACGAGUCCUAAAUGCUAAAGAUAAUAAAUGGUGCUAACAAUAAGAAAAGUAAUGAAAAAGUGGAAUUUUUUUUAUUUUACUUUUUUGUGUGUGUGCUUAAGGUGAGCAGGAAAGGGGUUUGGUUAACUUUGUUACAUGUGUGGGAGGCUUGUAUUUAUUUAUUUUUUUUUUAUUAUUUUUUUUAACGGGUGCCCUUGAAGGCAUGUUAGGGCAUAGAUAUUAUCUUUUCCUGUUUAUACUCAUACCUUCCCAGCAUUUACCCUCUGUCUGCAAUCUUGAAGUCAGUAUUCCUUCCUCCCCCCACUUCUUCAGGAUUAUUAGUAUAAGGUCAUGCAGACAAUCAGGCACGAUAGGCAUAAUAUGGAAAACAAAAAAGAAAAUUAACUUUGCUUGGAUGCCAUGGAUUUUACUCACAUGGAUGCGGAGUAAAGUAACACGUAUUAAUAUAAAACAUUAUACUGUUGGGUAACAUGCAGGAUGAAAUUCAAUAAAGUAAAAUAAAAUAACCAAUGGGCUGUAGCCCCCCAACAACUCGAACAGAGAGAGAAUCUAGGUUAGUAAAGCUGUUGCCUAUGGUAGAGCAGCAAAUCAAUUUAUCUCAUGCCCUUAAACUAAAGCUUGUCAUUAAGGGGCCUGCAUAAGGCUGUUUAACCGAUGCCUAACUGUGGCAGGCUGCCAACCUUGGAAGGCAUGAGUCCACUGUUCCAUAUGUGUGGGCACCACCAGUCCCAUGUGGAGGUGCGCUCCUGUGUCGUGCCGAUAGGACAAAGGCCAUCCACAGGACCAGUGUGUCUCGGUGCUCGUGGUCGGCUUUGCUGCGUGUGUCAUGCGGCCUGCGGGCCAGGACUCUGUCCCCGCUAGUGUGUCCCACAGAGGAACGGCUGCGAGAUAUUGAGGUGGGUUGUCGGAGUCGUUGUGUUGUCGGUGGGCCCCAUGCGGGUCUCUCCAUUGCCUGUGUCUUUACAGCAUGCUGGGUAGGAGCUCUGUGUGGUCGUGGGCUUGAGGGCCUCUCUUUCCGGGCCUAGGCUUAUGUAGGUUGUACCGCACGGGAUGACCGGGCUUUUGGCGACUUGGCAGUGUUUGAGGCACUUGCCUCCGCAUAUCCUCCUUUGGCACAGUGUCAGGUUUCCCGGGUUUUGUUGUAGCUUUGCCGUGCUGCAGGUGCGGGUGGAGCGGUGCUGCCGUGGCUGACCUCAGCUUUCUGCACUGGAGUUGGUCAGGUGAGAUAGGAGUGUUGGAUCUGCUGUCGAGCAAAAUUCUGAUCCUUCUGUCUAUAUUUUGUGUAGGUUUAGUUGAUUUAAAGUUUGUGCUGACAGAAGCUCUCAGUAAACACGUCUGGCCAGCUUGCAGGCUCAGGCCCUGCCCCCCCUAUUUGCAACUAAUGUUAAACCCACAUGUGUUGGUUUAAAAAAAAAAAAAAAAAAUCAUUUACUUAUGGGCUGCUCCACCAUUUCUACAGGUCAGGCUCGUGAGGUUUGAAACCGUCUCUACCUCCGUUCCUCCUUGUUUUCAUUUUUAUUACGACCUAUAUAAUUGCAUGUUUGCAUUAUGAAACGUACAAAGUACUGUCUGUUAGGUUUAUUGUGAUUGGUGCACAGGUACUCCUCAAAUUUUGUAUUCUGAACGUUCCACUUUAGGGCCCUACGCACCUUGCCGUUACAACAUGGAGGAGAAUUUGGCUGAAGCCCCAUUGACAAACUUUGAGGCAGCCUUUUUUAUUGUCUAAUAAAACUCCUGUUUGGGAGUUUGGUCUUGGAUAAGAAAACACUCAAAAACAUAAGUUUUAUUAGACCAUGCAUUUUUUUUUUUUAAAGGAACACGCCAACAAAACACAAUCUACUAUAUUAACACGAAGAAACCCUUCUGGACGUUUAACAGGAAGGUGUAGCCGGGUUAGUUUCUUAAAGCGUUGAUUUUUCUAUUGAAAUCUGCGCUUUUCUAAAAAGAGAACACACUAAACACAGAACUUAAUACUGUUAUUUAUUGGUUUAAUAUUCAUUACUGUGUGUGAUGUCACUGUGUGGUUCUAAAGAAUCACGCGCUUCCUGGAGCUCUGGAGUGCUAAAAGGAAUUUGAAUUUAAUUUUUUUAUUUUUUUUGUUAUUAAAUGGAUUGGUACAGGUAUGGUGGGCACAUUCAUUCCAAGGCUGUGCUCAUUUACCUGUUCAUUUGGGUUUCCCGAUGUCCUGUAAAUGCCUACGACACCUGUCUGAGUGAUGUUGGUUCAGGCGAUUUUAUUUCUAUAUUUUCGUUUAAUAAAGCAGUUGAAUCAUUUUAUAUACUGGAUAAUCUCCUCUAUAUCCUGCGCUGAUGUCCUUACUGACACGGGAAGUAAGGGUUAAGUUGCACGGUUUGCAUUGUCCAACCUGGAUACUAUUGCGGUAACUACAAGAAGUGUAAUUAGAAGAAGUGUACACAUAGCCACAUUAGAGCGAGGGGGAGGGAGGAGGGAUCCGUUGGUUUUGGGGUUAUGCUUUCAGAUCCUAUUUAUUCAGUGUUGCAUGUCUGUAACGUGUCUUGGUUAGUUUAAUUUAUUUUCUAAAAUACGUAUAAUAACCAGUGAUCGGUAUUUGGGAGGAGAAAAUUUAAAUCCUGUUACAUUUCAUACUUCCUAGCUGCACUCCAACAUUUUAUCCCUACUGGUUUUAUAUAGACUAGAUGUGCUUGUCCUGAUUUGUAGUACACGCAAAUUGAAUAAAGGAAAAAAAAAAUCAGAUCUAGUAUUGUUAAAGGGAUAUUCCAGCUACUAUAACCACUUCAACUCAUUCAAAUUUGUGUGGUGUCUAGAGUCCGCUGGCACUAUUCACUAUUCACACACUUAUUUUCAAACCGAUCUUGACUGAAACUGAGUGAAGGUUCCUGAGUACAUGUGGUUCCACCAAAUGCAGGAGUUAUGACGAAUACUGUCAAUAUGCGUGUUUCGGGAAGAUUUUGAAUUCAUGAAAUACUCAGCAAUAAGCAUUGGUUAAAGGGACACUCUGGGCAUUUCAUCUCAAUAAAGUUAUGGUGCAUAGAGGUCCCAGGCACUAUUGUACCUGAAGGAGUUCAACUGAUAACGAAUGGUUUAACCCCAAAGUCGGCAGCAGGCGGGUGAUCGCUCUGUCCAUGCGCUUCCUCUCAGUGUCCACUGCUUAAAUCAGGAAGUCUGGGGAAGGUUGCCAAGUCUGAUAAGUCAUAUAUUUUUAGAUCAUGUGGUUGGUAAAAAAAAAUAAAAAAACAGAAAUGCAAAAAGAGACUGGGAUUUCCUAAACCAAAGUAACCUGUAUUACAUGAAUAUAAAUAUCAAUGUUUCAACCCAUCAGGAUCUUUAUAAAUGUAACAUAAUAAGCCCUAAGCUAGUAGCCAGGUCUCAACUGCUACUGCUAGCUUGGAGGGUCAUAAUCACAUUCACUGAUUGGUCGUUAGUGGAAUCUUUGAGCUGUGUGUGUAUAUGUAACUAUAUUUCUCGAUCUUUGGAAUAAUUAAGAGCAUCACACAGUGCAGAAUAUUAAUGUACCUUUUUUUUUUUUUUUAACCCCUUCAGCUGGUCCCCUUCGUAUAGAAUUCUCAGUGUCUGUGGAUCUAGAAGAAGUGCGAAAGAUAAACCCAAAUGUUCGUGAAGGAGGCCGGUAUACUCCAGAGGACUGUAAGGCCCAGCAGAAAGUAGCACUUAUCAUACCAUUCAGGAAUCGUGAUGAACACUUGAAAUACUGGCUGUAUUAUCUUCACCCCAUACUCCAGAGACAGCAGUUGGACUAUGGAGUUUAUAUUAUCAAUCAGGUAAUUUGCUCAGUUGCUUCUUGAAUUUGUAACUAUGCUGCCACGCUCUAAUUUAGUUUUGUAGUUUUAUGCAUUUGAGUAAACCCGAUAAGGGGGGGUUGUUUGUUAAACACAGAAUUUUUGUGGAUUGGAUGUAGAAUUUCAAAAUUGGGACCAAAUAGCAGAUUAGGGGUAAAAAAAUAAAUAAAUCUCUAGCUCUUAAAGGGGAAUAAGAGCUUCUUUAAACUUCACUGUUUAAUGAAGUAUUACAAAACACUCGUAACCAACUUAUUUUAUGCAAUGUUCUGUUUGUGUUUGAAAAUUUAGAUUUAUUAAAUUACAUUACAAUUUAGUCCGUUCACAGCCUGAACUGUGCUCUAUUUUCUAUGCUAAUUGCCCUGUGCAUAGGACGUUUCUUCUAACAAUGAUUGUCAAGACAGAGGCACCCAAUUGUGUGCAUGUCAUUUUUAUUCUUCACACCUACAUUCACUUUCUAAUUCAGAAUAAAACAGAAGUGUGUGUAAUCUUGGAAAUUUUGGGACGUGAGUGAUCGUUUCUUGUUCACUGUUUAGUGAAUAAUCCCUUGAGUUAAAUUGUAACCAAUUGCUCUGAUCUUUGACGGGUUAAUAACAAUUAAGCGUGCAUUUGUGUUCUCCUUUCUUCAGUCUUCAUGUGGCUUUUUAAAAUCAACUUUUGAAUGGUUGAGUCUGUGAUCCAGUACUGUAUACAAGGAAGCCAGGUUAAAGACAUUUGCAUAAUGUACAAUGUAGCACUUGUGCUCAUAUUUGAGCAAAUGUUAGAUUUGUUUUUCUUUGCAGAAUUAUUUAUUUAUUUUUAAUAAAAUCUUUAGUAAUUUUUGUUUGCAGAAGUCUAAUAAAUUCAAUUUAAAAAAAAAGCCUUACAUAAGCUUUUAGUUAAAGGAACACUAUAGGGCAGGGGUUCUCAACGUUAGUCCUCUGGACCCCCUACCAGUCCAGGAUUUGGGGAUUACCUGGGUGUGUCUCAGGUGUUUAGAAAAAGGGAAAGAAACACCUUAGACUCUAAGGUGUUGUGUUUUUUCUUUUUUUUUUUUCUAAACACCUUAGACACACCCAGGUAAUCCCUAAACCCUGGACUGGUAGGGGGUCCAGAGGACUAACGUUGAGAACCCUUGCUAUAGGGUCAGGAACACAAAUGUUAAAAACACUAGCUUCCAGGCCCAUCCUCCCCCUCACCUCACUUUAAAUAUAGUAAAACGUACCUUCUAUCCAUCGCUGCCCGGACCGUCUGUGCUGGCUCCACCCCCGAUUUCCCUCCUUGGCUGUCCAGAUCAGAAGUGCAUUGGACAUGUAAAAGAUUAAUGUUGACUUUUAACUUAUUUAUUUGUAUCAUUCUGUCUAAACAUGAAUUGGUCACAGAAAAUGGCAGUUGUACCUGUGCACGUUUAACAAACUCCUCUCCCCUACAUGCGCACACUAAUCUGUUCAGGGUGUGCACACUAUUCCAAGCAGGACAAACAAAAUCCACAAUGCCAGAAUACCAGGAAUGAAUCGGUCAUACUAGAUGACUCCUAGAAGAAACAGGAGCAAAAUGUGAUGUAUUUAAAUGAUAUAUUAUUUGAUUAUUGCAUAUAGAUCAGAACACGUGCAUGCAUCCCCUUUCACGUACCACUUCUCUUUGGUUUCCUCUUGGUAAAGAGCACAGACUUAUACAGGUAUCGAACUGCCUUUUGUAGGUAAAAUCCCACCCCUUGCCCCUUAUAGUGCAGCACAGUGCUGCAAUGUGUGUGAAUACUGUAGCACCUAAAGUUGUGCAGAUUUCUUUUAAUCUACAUCCGAACAAAUCCAUUAUUCCCUGAUUUUUGCCUGUGGAGAAGCACUAUAGGGUCAGAAACACAAACAUUAUUCCUGACCCUAUAGGGUUAAAACCACCAUCUAGCCACCCUGGUCCCCUCAUGCCUCCCUAAAUAUAAUAAAAUCUUACUUGUAUUCAAGUCUGGAGCUGCUUGCUUUGUCCCGGUUUCCUUUUGACCUGUCUGCUGACAUCAGCAGAAGUGGUAGCCUGUUCCAGGCACAAUGCUUCCCCAUAGGAUUGGCUGAGACUGACAAAGAGGCAGAUCAGGGGCAGAGCCAGCACAAUUCAAACACAGCCCUGACCAAUCUGCAUCUCAUCAUAGAGAUGAAUUGAAUCAAUGAAUCUCUAUGAGGAAAGGUCAGUGUCUGCUUGCAGAGGGAGGAAACACUGAAUGUUUGGAUGCAUUUUAGGCAGCCAUGACCCAGGAAGGAUCUCUAACAGCCAUCUGAGGAGUGGCCAGUGACGAGACUGAUCCUCUGCAUAAUGCUGGCACAGCAGUGUGCAUUCUCUUGUCGAUAUUGAGCCUACACAUCUGCAGAUAUCUUUUUUUAUUUAUGUUUAGUUUUGUAUUACUUUAUUUUCAUUUAAAUAACAGCAUGCAGGAUGUGUCAGGGAUUUUGCCCACUUUAAACAUGAUGUGAUGGUGGUCAUUGUAAUCACUUACCUUCACGGAGAUAUAGCUACCACUUGUUUUAAACUAUAGGCUAUUAAGCAUAUACUAUGCAGAUUGUAAUACUCACGUCUGUCUCUGUUAUGCCAUAAAACCCUACAUGUAGCGUUUAGACAUUAAAGUUUAUCCAUGAAUGUUGAUUUUAAAACAAAAAGCUGCACAUCUCUUGUCAUAACCUGUAAUAUACAUACAAUUUAUCUUAAUGUCGCAUUAACUACUAUUGUUAUGUCUUUGCAAGCUUGUACACCAAUCUAUGCACUAAAAAAAUAAAGAAUUAUAAAAAAUGUAAUUAAACAGAUAAGGAAGUGUGUACAAGUUUUAUAGGUCUCUGAAAAGACACCACAGAAAGACUUUUAAUUUUUUUGCCUUCUUUUUACACUAGUGUUUUGAAACCAGUUUGCUGUUCUUGCCUUUAUUUGCGUAAACCACCCAAGCACAGAACAAGGUGACCCUUUCCAAAGCACUUUCUUUAAUCAUUUACAAUACGUGCUAAUGUUUUUAUUGUGCAACAUAUUUUUAUUGCACAGUGAUCCUUUAUCUUACUUUGCUGCUGUAGUUUCAAGCAAUUCUUACUUUAAUCCUUUUGUUUACUCCGUGUCGCAAUGUAUGGAUUGUGUUGAUCUGCUUUGUCCAAGUAAAGGUCUCCACAGAGGAGAUGAUCUACAAACCUGUUAGUGCCUGAAGUGCACAAACAGAAUCCGGUCAGGCUAGAUUGCAACUGUAGGUCAAGGGAGCAGCGCCUCGAUAAAGUCCUCAGAUCCAAGUUGAUAUGAAACGAGAGCCUAAAAAAAAGGAAUAUAGUAAAUGUUACUGAUCGUAGAGCGAAGGGGGGGGGGGUGGGGAUUGCACUUGGAUUGUAUGGAACCAAUAAUUGGCUCCUAUUGAUGUGCCUGAGUGGUAUAAUAUCCCCGCCUCUGAAUAUGAACUUUGUAUCUUGGUAUGAGAGUGGUCCAGAUAUAUAGAAAGAAAGCAAACUUGACACUAGUGUAGUGUAGUAUGUCGCAUGUCUUAGUGGGAAUUGUAAGAAAUAUAGCUGUAAAGCAACAGUCACCAUUUGGGGAAGUGCAAACUUGCAUAGUCCCCCGACACAGACAUCUAUGCUAGGAGUUCUGUGGCCGAGGAGGAAGGUAAAGGUAGGAUUUACUUACCUGAACCUGUCCCUCGUGGGCGGGGCCAUCUUGUUCCAGCUGUGUCCUUUUUGGAGCCGACGUCACUGCUGUACUCUUGCGCAUGCACAAGAGUACAGCAUUGAGGUUUAUGAGGAUGCCGCAAGACUGCGAGAUCCUUGUAGACUCUGCCAAUUCCCUGCAGCAGUCACUGCCUAAGAAAGUUGGGCAUAGGAGAAACACAGAAACAAAGUAGUCCCUACUUUAUCUCUGUAUAUUUCUUGACUGGGUUAGAAGUUCACUAAAAUUCCAACACAGUAAAAAUGGGUGGGGUGGUAGUGCUGCUUUAAAGACUUUCAGCCCAAGAUUUUUUAGAAGUUUUUGAGAUCUUAAACGAGCUGAUGGUAGUUUUUCCUUCAUAUUUCAUUUUUUAUUUUUUUAUUUUCUUCAAAGACCAGAUCAUUGAGCACCUUCCAGAUCUGAGGAUUUUACAAAUAUCCAUUCAUUUAGUUUGGCAUCACUUGGUUUUGGAAACGUUUCCAUCACGUGCAAAAACCCUUGUCCGUAGCCUUUGCAAAGUUUUUACAAGCCCCAGUUUGAAUGAAGACAAGACUGGCAGUCUGAAUUAAAAUUUCUAGUACCGUGGAGGUAAUUAAUAAAACUGUGAUACACACUGUGUCGAAACGUAGCCUGUCGUUUUGAUGGCUGAAUAACCCUACAUUGCACCUGAUAAUGCUGUAGCGUUAUUUAUCAUUAUUGAUUACUUUGGAUCUGUUGGAGCAGGGAUUUUGACCUCUACACAGAUUCUAAAAUUUGAACCUUAACAGUGCCCCUUCUGCAUAGCUAUCUCUAGUAGCGUGGAGGUGUUGGUAUAGGAAGAUCUUCAUAGCAGUCAAAUGACCAAUAACCGAAAACGUGACAUGCAACCCUUUUACUUUUUCUUUUCUUGUUUUGUCAUUGUUUAAGUGCUUGGCGAUACAAAUGUGCUUGUAUUGCCACGACAGCAGGUACAAGCUAAGGAAAUAAUAGAGUGUAAAAAUAUCAUGGCAUGCAAGAACCGCACAAUUCUUAUAUUCUGUUCAGGCUAGGUAGAUAUGUCUAAGACUGUGACUCAGACUAGGGGGAUAUAUAUUAGAGACAAGUUAGACAUAGCGAUUUAAGUCGGGCAAGAAACAUUAUAAUAAAAUAUGCUUAGAUGUGUAGCCUAGCUUGUCAUGCUAAAUUGUUCAUUAUGAAUGAUUAGAUGCCCUGUUAAAGGCCUGUGUCUACAGAGAUAUAGCCUGUUUGGAGUAAACUGCUGAAUAUAUAUCAGAACCGCUAUUGAGACCUUUAGGUUAUGCUAGACAUGUAGAAUAAAAGUAUAUAGCUUGUGAACAGCUAGGCUUUCUUUAGGCAACGAGAGUGAUACACCCCCCCACCCCUCCUGUCUCUGCACUAGUCAAAUGGCAUCAUUACAUGCGCUGUAACAGGAGCAAAACUUAUUUGAGUAUUCUGCUUAAAUACGUGAAGGUGAACAGCGGCAGGUACUGUGCCUGGAUUAAAUUCCCAGUCCCCGUCUUCAAGUCAGCCGAUGCCUUGACCGAGAGGGAGUAAGCUCUGUGGGAAGCAUAAAGUCCUCUCUGCAGUUCCCUUUGCUUGGCGUGCCUCUUGGCCCGAUCUGGAUAUGCCUGGACUCCGGGAAGGGCCUGCCAGGUGCUGUCGCUUGUUUGGGACUUGUGUCUGUACAUUCCUCUGACCAACUCUGGCUGGGGGCGGGGUUUAGACAUGUGAGGGUAGACUGGGAUAACCCCCACCGGUCCAAAGGGAGGGGCGGGGGGGCAGGAGAACGAAAGAUCAAAUUCUGAUUAUUGGCGUGUCACGGCAGCAGGAGAGCGGCCUUCCCUCCUGCACCUACCAUGCUAGUAGGCCUCACCAUAGUUCCAGGUGCAUACUGCUUGGGAUGUCCCUUAGGUGGUGUCUUUUUCACCUCAAUGUCAGCUCUCACUUAGUGGCCUUUUGGUGUCGGGUGGUCUCCUUUUCAGUUGUGAAAUUUAGCGUUUUCUGCUUCAUGCAGGAGGUGCUGCUGAGGCUUGCGUCCUCUCAGCUCUGCGGUCAGGCGCCCCCUUCCUCCUCUCUUUAUUUUAUUUUAUUUAUUUAUUUAUUAAAAGAGCCAGGUCUAAAAAUCAUUAGAGGCAGCUAAAAUGUAUUAAAGCUGAUGGCCUCUGUUAAAGGGGGACUUACACAUCCCCGGAUAUUUAAUAUUCCGUUCCUGUCUAUAUUUAACAAAUAUGGAUUUGAGGUAUAAAAUAAAAACAAUCUAAAUGUAGUAAUACUCAUCUUUCUCUUGCAAGUGCGUUCAUCCAUCUUAGCUCCUUGUCAAUCAUUGUUCUCUGUCUGGCAUUAGCUUAGAGAGAGCCUACAGAGAAGAGGUGUAUUGAUGCAGUUUUUCUGGUUGUUUUUUUAUUUUUUUUCCUCUUUAUAGUGUGUUCUUUGGCUUUGCCCUGAUCAUUCUGGAAUGUCAUUUUCCUCCUUUUGUUUUUUUAAAUUCAUAUUUAAAGAUUAUCUCAUGAAAAAAAUUUAACCAUAAAUAGAAGUAUAAUUGAUUUUUCAAUGUUCAACAGUGUAAAUUCUGGAGACCUGACCGUUCCCCUUCUAUGCCUUCAUCAGCCCAUGAAUAGGUCUUCCUCAAGGUCAUGUGUAAAAAGACAGCCACUGUAACGGCUUCAUCUCGUUGGCGUGAUUAUAGUGUUUGGAUCAAGGUGUUUUGAUUUUAGGAUCACGAGAAAAGCCAGUCAAUCCUCCUCACGUUUCUAUUAAGUGUCUGAGCAGAAAAGAACGGCUAACCAUUGAUGGCUUGUUCAUUAUAUUCCCUCCAUGCCUGACCUCCACCCACCACCAUAUUAAUAUUAUAACCGUUACUGUAAGCCAUUUAGGAUUCUAUAAAACUAAAAACUGUUUUCUUCACUAUUCUUCUGGGAUUCUCACUUUUGAUCCCUAUCCAUAGAGAUUUAUUUUAGGGUAUGUGCCAAACCUUAUUGUGAAUAGUUUGUACUCUACUCCCCUCUAUGAAAUGGAAACGCCAAUGCUUUUAUUUUAAUGCUAUUUGAUUGACUUUACAUUCUCAUCUUUACAGUGUCUUUAAAACGGCAGUUAAAACAUUUACAUUUUGCUAAUAUGGUCUUAUCAUUCCUUGCAAACACCAUAAAGCUUAUUAAAGGAAUCCGGUGUCUAAUGGCGCGAUGUGAGGUGUGGUAUUUAAUUAUGGUACAAGUGACUCACUUAUUUAUUUGUAAAAUAUUUUACCAGGAUGUAGAUAUUGAGAUUUCUCUCAUUUUCAAGUACGUCCUGGAUCUUUGUACACAAAACAUUGCAUUGUUACAAUGGGAUACAGUAUUACAAAAAUACAAUAUACAAACACACAUAACAGGUAAUAAAUAUAUUCAACCACGACAGGUGCAUUCUGUGCUGAGGUAUAUUGCCAUAGAUCUCUUAAAAGAUUUUAGAUUGAAUGAAGAUUUGACUGUGUCCCUGAGGUUAUUCCAUAAUUGCGGUGCUCUGUAGGAAAAGGAGGAUCGAGUCACUUUAUUUUUGUAUUGCAGUAUGCUAAAUAUCGUGCUAGUACUGGAUCAAUGGUUAUAGGAGGUGGGAACAGCCGGGGAGAGCAUUCUGCUCAGGUAGGGUGGGAGCUUCCCAGAAAUGCUCUUAUGCACAAGGCUGGAUAGAUGAAGAUUGCGUGGGGAUUCCAGGGACAGACAGUUUAGCUCUUUUAACCUGUCACAGUGAUAAUUACAUUCUAGUACAAAGCGGCAGAACAAAUUUUAUAAUGUAUUAAGGUGGGUUUGCGGUGCGAAUGUAUAAAUUACAUCCCCAUAAUAAAUGACCGGCAUUAGCAUCUGUUUCCUUACUGUAUAGCUUAGGCAGGAUUUGUUUCUGUACAUGGCACCUAGUUUUGGGUAAAGUUUUGAAGAAAUAUUUUCAAUGUGAAGACCAAAGGAUAGAUUGGGGUCUAUGAACAUACCUAAAUAUUUAAAAGAAGCAGACUGCUGUCAGUGUGCUAUUUGAAUUUGUUCUGAUACACCGUUGUCAAUUUUGUAGUUUACUUAAUUUAGGUACAGUUCCAAAGAUCAUUGCAACGGUUUUGUCAGUGCUUAGGAAGUUUCAUCUGCCUCGGUGAAUUGGUUUUGGAGCACAGCCUCAAGCUGCGAUAGCUUGGGUUUACUAGCGUAGAUUAGUGUCGUCUGCAUGCAAGUGUACAGUUGAGGAUUUGCAGACGUUGGUCAGAUCAUUUAUAAAUAAUGUGACUAGCCGGGGGCCGAGUAUGGAGCUUUGGGGGAACAUCACACAUGACUAGAAGAGGGAGGAAAGCGCUAUCAGAAAUGGCCACAUAUUGCAAUCGGUCUGAAAGAUACGAUCGAAAACAAUGCCUGACUUUUUACGUUUUUGCAAAAGAAUGCCAUGGUCUACUGUGUCAAAGGCCAAAUCAAGGAAAAUAGCUCUAGUUAAGUCUCCUUGUUCCAUGCCAAUUUGGAUGUCAUUGCAAACUUUUAAGAGGGGAGUCGAAGUUGAGUGAUUUGGACGAAAGCCUAAUUGAUCAGGGGUCAGCUAAUUUGAUCGUUAAUAUUCACAUAGUUGCUUGUGGAUGCGUUUUUUCCAAGAUUUUUUGACAAUACAGGGAGCAAUAAUAUCAGGCGAUGGUUAGAUACCAAAGUAUUGUCACCACUGUUAUGGAUAGGUACAACUUUUGCAGUCUUCCAAAGUUUGGGUAUGUAUCCUGACUCCAGGGAUUCAUUGAUAAGGGUAGUGAUAGGUUUAGCAAUUGUUGGGAUUUGAUCUGGUCCACACUGGUCUUUCAAUUUUAAAGAAAGACAUUAAGAUGUCUAUUAACGACACUAACAGUCACAGGUCUAAAAUUGAAUUUCUCUAAAUGAGGAUUUUGAAGAUUUGGCAGGGCCUGUUCUUUGUUUGCGAUCUGAAAAGGAGUGUCAAUUGUUACCUUCACAACUAGGGUGGCAGCACAUCCAACAAAGGCAUUUGCUACAUCUAGGGGGUGUUGCAGUGUUUGGUUGUCCGUUUUGACAGUGGGUGGCUGUGAGUGGAUUGUGGGAGUUUGUAUGCUAUUUAUUAUUUUCCAGGGGUUUCUUGGGCUUGAUAGGUUGUUCAAAUUUUCACUGAAAUAUUGGCCUUUGCCAUUUUUGUUUGUUUUUUUUGUGCAUGCGUUUCGCCAAUGUCUGUAAGUACAGUGAUCGUUCAUGGAGCCAGUACGCUUGAACUUUGACCACAGUGAAUCUCUAAACUGAUACAUUUGAAUGAAGUCAGCUGUAACCCAGGGCAGGUGUGUCCCUUUUAGUCGCACUGUACGCAGAAGGGCAUGCAAAUUCCAAACUGGCAAGAGCUUUCACAACUAAAUGCUGGAUUAAACCUGUCUACACCAUUUUCCACCCUGUCUGUACAAGAUAAAAGAAUUUCUAGACUAGUAUAGACUUGCUGCAUUUUCGAACUUCUGUUUCCUUAUUCUGGCAUUUGACGAGGAAUGCACCUACCUUGGUUAAAUAUCUACCUGUUAAACACUUUUUAGUAUUAAAAACUAAAUUUUAUAUGGUUAUACUGGAGUUUAAUUUUAAUGCAACACAAUAAUGCUAAAUGUAUUUUUAAGAUUCAAGUGUUCCGUUUUUAUUUUAUUUUUUUUUGUUUAGAUUACUAGGAGCCCCCUUUUUGUUAUAGGGGGAGGGCGGAGGGGGAGAGAAAAGCGAUAAAACGUAUUACGUGCGGUGACAGUCUUCUCGGCUUCUGUGGCCACUCCACCCCCAAUGACUCGUGUCCAAUCCAAUGGUUCCUAUAGAAAACCAGCCAGGCAAAAGGGUGGUUAGCUAUGCAAAAAAGACACCUUAUGUAUUGGAUUUGGUGCUUAACGUGUCCCUGUAAGCACCGUAAGGGUGUUGGUUGUGCCUGGUGCUUAUUUCACUCCCUCCCCCCCCAAAUGUCAGUAGUCAAACUAAUUUUCUCAUGGAAAUGGGAACUUUGUAAAAAAGUGCCGUUAAGAUGAGAUUUUCAGCCGGUGAACCAUUGCUUGCAGGUCAGGCAAUUUGAUUUAUUUAUUAUUUUUUUUUUAAUUUAACGACCCUCUCUCACAAAAGCCCCAAAAUGAUAUAUUUUGAAUAAAUAUUUUGCAAAAUAGACUUUGUAUUCACGUAACAUUUUUUUCAGUUUAUGAAAUGUAAGCACCCUUAGUUUGUGCCAAACAAAAUAUUUUAUCGUGCAUGUAAACCUGACCUAACGAUGGCAGUGUUAAUUAGCUUUUGAGUUUGUUUUUGUUGUUGUUUUGAGUAAUUGUCGAUUACUCGAUUUGAUUGGUGAAUGACGUAUAAUGGAAACGCCCAUUUGACCAGAAGACCAGUUAGUUAACGUCUAGUCGGUCUGAUUUGCUGACUGCAUGCCCACUUGCAAGUUUGCUGUUUUUGCAGGAAAAAAAAAAAUGCCUUCCUGUCUUGACUAUUGUUGACUUGACUAUUGCUGACUGUUUCUUUCCUGUUAAUGUUUUUUUUUCCUUUCCCUCUCUUAAGUAUAACUGUAGAUAAACCAUUACUGAAGACGAGCACAUUACUUUCACUUUCCUGUCCUCUACAUCCUGUCUUGCAAAAAGCAGAAGUGUCUACACCUUUCUGACUGCUAAACCGGGUAAUGUGAAUAACCAAAAAAAAAAAAAAAAAAUGCAAACUGACUGAGGGGGAGGAAGGGGUGUGUGUGUAUGUAUGUGUUUUCUGUACUUGUUGUUUUUUUGUUUUUUGUGUGCGUGUGCUUUUAAUUUGUUUCUGAUUUUAAACCCAUAUUUACAAAAGUAUACGGAGUCAAGCUGUGAAUUUCAGGUAAAUAGUGAAGUUACAUAAAGGGGUACUCUAAGCACCAUAACCACUGCCGCUUAGUGCUGUUUAUUAUAAUUAUAAUAAGAAAGUAUUUAACCAGGAAAGGUACAUUCGGAUUACUCUGGUUUUUCAAGUACGUCCUGGGGAUGUUACCGUAGCCCAACAUCCAGGGGUUGUUACUAUUACCCAAUUUAAUGGUACUCAUUUUAUAUUGUGCCUAAUGGAUGACUGUAGUGGUUAUGAUGACAAGAGUCAUGGUACACAAUGAGCUGUAGUAAAUGUGGUAUUUAAAAUGUUCUUCUAAGUUGGCCUAAUUGGUGUAAUGCUUGAUCUGUGAAUGCAAAUGAAGUUUUGUGUCCGUCUUGCUGUGGAACAACUUUAUUUUGUUUGCUAGUUAUUUAAAAAAAAGAAAUUGAGGCCAUUUCCACACACAAAAAGUCGCCUGAUAGCAACAUGAAUUCUUGUCUUCAGAAACGUCUUGUAGUUUAGUAUGACAAAGGGACACUCCAAGCGCCAUAACCACUGCAACAUUCUAUAGUGGAUAUGAUACCAAGAGUAACUUGCUCAAACCCAUUGUAAACAGUCUGUUUUUGAACAGGAUGACUUCUUACCUAAGGUGGGGGGGAGGAGGAGGAGGAGGUAGUGUUCUGUAGUAGUGACUUCCAUUGACCUCUCCAUAGUUAAUCUGCUAAGCAGGGCUGGCUGAGAGACAUGAGCGGACUUUCUUCCCAAGAGCUAAACCCUGCAGGCUUUGCUCAGGAAGCUGCUACCACUGGCUAGGGAGUAACGAAGCAUGAUGGCGUCACAGAUUGUGAUUCUAAGAUAUUUAACGCAUUUCAAGUAGGGCUGGCACUAAUUAUUUUCAUAAUUCUAUUAGUCUGCCAAUACCUUUCAAUGAAUCAGAUAAAAAAAAAUAAAAAAUUAACCUGCUCUUAAAAUGAGAUAUAUUUAUAGUUUGAAUGUUUUACAUAUUACAAUUUAUACUUUUUUUUUAAAGUCCAAAGCACUAAGGAUUGCAUAUCCGUAAUAGGACAAACCCCCUACACAGUACAAAUGAUCAACAAUAGCAAGCGGCUCCUAGCACAAAUCAAUUCAAAUAACCCCCAGCAGCAGAGUGUUACUAAGCUCAGCACUAUAUAUAAUGCAAAGCAUAGUGUCCAAUCACCUGGUUUAAUAGUAACAAUCUUAGUGAGGACUAUUUAGGAGUUUCCCGGGUGAUCUAAUCACACAUGGGCCUUCUCCGCUCGGCAUCUCUCCGAAAUCGUUCUUAAACACCACCCAUGUCACAUCAGAUAAUGUCCCGGCACCUUUAUCUGUAGAACACAGCCUCUCUCCUCUGUAAACUCCUGCUAGACUAGAUAUUAAAAAUUAAAGUCACACGUUUGUCACGGUUUUCUUAGGACUUUAAUGAGUUUAGUGUAUUUGUAAUAAGACUUCUCACAACAGGCGUAAAGCAGUGCGUAUACGUGCCCCGUGCCAUAAGCACACCUGCUAAUCGAUAAUGAGAUACAUUGUUGAGAACUUCCCCAAUUGAUGAUUGAUUUUUAUUGAUUUGUUUUUUUUUUUUUGGUUUUCUUUUUGAGGUGCUUCAUGUUAAAAGUAGGUUCACUUUAAAAUAUGCUGCUAAGCAUGGUGGUAAUGUCCAUUGAGUAUAAUCCAUAUGUCCUAGUUUUAGAGUACUAAAGUCGGCUUUAGUGUUUAAAGUUCAUUCAGCGUAACUGAAUUAUACCAACAAAAAAAUGUUAUGUCAGUGUGUGCAGCCUAACUGGUGACACAGUGAAACUACUAAAUACUUUGUGCAGCUCUCUUAAAACGUCUGUAUUCAAUAUUUAUUAUUUUUUUUUUGGAGAGGAGUCAACUCUUCUGACUUUUAUUUGUCUCAAUGGUUCUGCUUGACUUACCAGAAAGUCACGCGUCUACACCUUUGCAUUGCAAAUAUUCAAUGGCGCGCAAAAAAGUGUGAACGUUGGCAAGUAGUGUCAUUCUUCGAUUACAUUUUAUGAGCGCUUAUUGACAUGGAUAUUUUUAAUAUUUCAUUUUACCAUAUUCUGAGAACAGUAUUGAAACAGAUGCCGAAAGCGGAUACCUGGGUGACAGGUGAGGUAUCCGUUCGUGGGAACAAAAAGAAAGCCUUGUAUCCUGAUGAUGGUUAAAACGCGUGAUGUGUUAAAGCUGAGAGAUGAUCUGUCAGUAUCCACUAGAGAACAGAACAAAGGCUACAAGAGAAACACCUGGGGCUAUAAACAAAAGACUUGAACAAUAUUGCAUCUUGUCCUCAGAAAGUAAAUUUAGCUGUAAUUUGAAAUCUAUGCAUACUGUCAUAUAGUAUCAAAAAUAUAUUAAUUUUUUUUUGUUAUAAAGUACAAGAACGUUGGCCACUAAAUUAUCCUUUGGUUCUUGCACGAACCAUAGCCCUAUUCUUUACCUGGUAGUCCAAACGGCAGCUUCUUUACCUGGUAGUCCAAACGGCAGCUUCUUUACCUGGUAGUCAACUGUACUUAUUUUAUUUAUCUAGCCUGUCAAGGUCCAUUAAAGUGAUUUACCUUAUGACCUGGCAAUCUUUACUUUCAAACUGAAAAUAGACAGAUAAGAGCUCUUUACAUGCCAUAUGUUUAAUUGCUUGUUAAAAUUUUUUUAUUGCUAAAGUACUUUUUGUCUGAGGUUUUCAUAGCUGUUUAUGUAUUGAUUUUACAACAAAUCAGCGCUUUUAUAACUCUGCCAAAAACUCCUUUCUGACCUUUAGACAGUGAAUUUUUCUCUCUCUCUUCCAAAGCCAAUGAAAAGGUCAGGUGCACUGUGCUAGUAGUGCGUGCCUGACUUUUCCCCCUCGUGAAUCAGCUGUUGUAAAGUUCAUUAAGAUGCACAGAUGCUUCUCAAUGCUCUGGCUGAAGUAUUUUCCCCGCACAAAAUGAAGGUCUGUGCUAGGGUUAAAGGGGAGUGCUUGCAAAGGCUGCAGACAGUAGGUCUGCAGCUUCGGCAAGUUGUUUAUUCAUAUAUUCUCAAUGAAAACCUGCAAGAGAAAAAUGUAUCAUGUUUGUUUUGGGGUAUAUCAACUAUCCUGUUAAAGAAACACUCCAGAGUUUUUUUUAUUUAUUUUUUUUAUUGUCCUCUCACAACUAAAGGUUAGCUUCUCGAUCCAAGUAAAUAUCGGACUGCUAUUUUAGGGUCGAGAAGAAAUUUUUUCCUAGUUUGCUGCAAAAUUGGAGCCUCAGCCUGGGUUGUUUUGCCUUCUUUUGGAUCAACGGCAAAAACAUAUGUGAGAGAGGCUGAACUUGAUGGACACGUGUCUCUUUUCAGCUAUGUAACUGUGGAUAUUUAAUUUAAAUUGUUACCAUGUUUAAUAGAUUGUAAGUUAAAUGCUUAACUAGAUGUCUUGGAGUUUGGUUGUUUUUUUAUAGCGGUUUUAUAGUUUUUAUAAUAUGCGAUAUACUAGUGCACAACUGCAUAAAUAUAGUUUUCAGUGCUUUUGCUGUAAACGUUCACCCCCACUGAUUUCAAGAGCAAAGAGAGUACCUGUGCAAGCUUGACUCCACUUAUAUAGGUGUGUGUAGUUCUUUGUGUUGCAAGGAUUUUUGCAAAGCCUGUAUCCAUUGGAAGAGUAACCUAGGAGAUGUGUUUUUUUUAUUUUGUCUCUAAAGACUAGUUUAUCAGAAACAUGUGAGCCCAAUCACCCUGGGGACGUGAAGCAAACACUAUAUUCUUCAGUAUAAUUAGACUUUUUCCUCUUUCCCAUGGGUUUCGUAUUUCCCCCUGGACAAAUCAUUCUUCAGAAUGAAGUAAUCCUCGACACUAAAGACGUGGGUGACUUUUUAUUGUCGGUCUGUCUUUCCAUUUUCCUAUGUGGGAAUAAAUGGAGUAUCGCAGGUGGAAGGGUUGAUACUUUGCAGAACAUGAAUGGAAGUAAAUGAAGAUUGGUCCUCUGGGAGACUGUGCGUGUUUCAGUUCCACCCAAUAUAAAUUGAUCCGUUGUGAAGUCCCUGUUGGUAGUACGCUUUGAAAAUGGGUUAUGUUGCUUUACAGCUGUAGGCUACAUCCUCAUUGGUUUACCUUGAUUAAAAUAUACCUGUCAGCCCAAAAAUGUGUGGUUGAAAAGUUCUGUUUCUUGUGGGUAUAUACACAUUUUUUUAUAUACAUUAUACUUGUAUACACAUGCUUGAGAUUUCACAUUAAAAGAUCUAUUUCGUCAAACUUUUAUCUUCGGCCUCCUCCACGACGGUUGCUAUCCCGGCAGUGUUGGAUGUGUCCUUUUGGUGCCCUAAGAUUAAACACACUCUAAACCUAAUUAAAAAGAAAUCAUCAUAAUCUGAUUUAAAAGCCAUGUCUGAAGACAAUCUAGUCUAGUGGACUGUGUAUUAAAGCGACAUGGUCACCCCCAUAUUAAAAAUUGGUAUUUCAUAAAGAUGGUAUCUUUAAUAAAUAAUCUUUGGCUCUGUUAUUCCAGCCCAGUCAAGAGAUAUACAGAGACAAAGUUUAGACCAUUUUGCCUCUUUAUUUCCCCUCCACCUCACAUUUCCUUAGACAAGGCAGUGCCUACGUGUCAAGACCUGCACCUGUCAUCAGUGACCGCUGCAGGGAAUUGGCUGUGUCUGUGAAAGGACCCUGCAAUCUUGCGGGAUUCCCUAUAGGCCUCAUUGUUGUAUGUCUUUUUCAUGCUUGAGAGCAGAGGAGCAGCACGACCAAGAUGGCGUCACCUGCGAUUGGCAUGUUCAGGUAAGAAAUCUCACCUUUAAUUGCCCCCCCGUGGACACCGGACCACCAGCAGCUUUGUCGUUUCUGAGCGAUUUUGCGAAUUCUGCAAAGUCUCCUGAUGUUAACCGUGCCGCUUUGAGUAUAAAUGUUUGUUAAACUGCACAGUUUUAGUUUUACAUUAAAGAAUCACUGUAGGGUCAGGAGCACAAACCUGUAUUCCUGACCCUAUAGUGUUAAAACCACCAUCUAGCCCCCCUGGGCCCCUCAUGCCUCCAUAAAUAUAGCAAAAUCUUACUGUUUUCAAGCCACAAGCUGUAACUCUGCAUGAUGUUAGACUCAGAAAAACAAGCAGUCUGCUGACAUCAUCAGAAGUGGUGGCCUGAUUCAAUCACAAUGCUUCCCCAUAGGAUUGGCUGAUACUGACAAAGAGGCCGUUCAGGGGCAGAGCCAGCAUGAUUCAAACACAGCCCUGGCCAAUCAGCAUCUCCUCAUAGAGAUUAAUUGAAUCAGUGUCUGCAGUGCAUGCAGUGCAUGCAGAGGGAGGAGACACUGAAUGUUUGGAUGCAUUUUAGGCAGCCAUGACCCAGGAAGGAUCUCUAACAGCUAUCUGAGGAGUGGCCAGUGAAGUUAUCCCUAGGCUGUAAUGUAAACACUGCAUUUUCUCUGAAAAGACCGUGUUUACAGCAAAAAGCCUGAAGGUAAUGAUUCUACUCACCAGAACAAAUUUAAUAAGCUGUAGUUGUUCUGGUGACUAUAGUGUCCCUUUAAUGUGAGAUUACACACAGCAUUACACCUGUAUAGAAAAACCUGCUAUAGCUCUGAAACAUUUAACUUUUAUUUUAAAAAAAUAAAGAAAAAAUGCUGGUGUAAUAAAGGCAUUUUUGCAUCCAGUAGUACAAAGUAACUACAUAAUGAUUGCCUGGUGGUAUUUGAGACGGUCUUGCUUGAGUUGUAUGGAUUUAAUAGUUUUUAGAGUCACACAAUGUAUAUUCAUGCUGCUCAUUUGCAUAUGAAUGAUGCAACGUGAUCCUGGGAAACAGUAGUUUUAGAGCAGUUUAAGUGCACAUCAAUUGCCUCCUUAUUGGGGACAAUAAUUAACGUUUUCAUUUAAUUAUUAAAAAGGACAAGAGAGACUGACAAAUUCCGUUGUUAAUAAAUUCAGUGCAAACUAUCAUUACACUAUAUAAAAUUCUCUUGUGGGAGUGAGAAAUUUGUCAGAAGAGGUGACUAUAAAAAAAAAAGAAGAAAAAAACUAGUUAAAUAACCCAUAACUGAAUGGAGCAGGUAAUCUUUCUAGUGAGUAAAAUAAUAGGUUGCUGUACAAAAUACUCGGCACUGUGCCCUUUCACCUGCUCGAGGGAGCUUUGUGGUCUGCACCUCCAUCAGUAGCAGACUUCACUUCAAGAGCUCAUUUGCGGACCCUGGCACUGUUCAGUUUCUCAAGAUCACCACAACCAGCACUCUGAAUCAUUAACUGAGUGACAGACUGCCACGGAGCCCUUAAAGUGGUCUGCACCUGAUAUUGGAUCAGACCACAAUGCUUCCAAAGGUAAGCAGGAUGGUGGCAGAACACACACUCCCAAUACACACAUGCACACAACACUCCGCCACACUCAGACUGUCCUAAACACACUCAAACAACACUUAGACUUAUCUGCACACCAUACUUGGAACCCCCCACAUACAGCUCUUACCACCAUUACAUACAUACAACACUCAGACACCACACACACUCUCACAGAAUCUGGGCAACCUUAAUCUGGCUUUGCCAAUACAAUAAACCACUUAAAGUGUAUACUCUUGGGUUCCCUCCUCUCACCUUCCCCUAUUAAAUGUAUUUUCAAUAAAUGAUUUUUAGCUUUUCUGGAGAGCCACCUAAAGAUGUUGAAGGGAAGGGGUUUUUAAGAAAAGUAAGAAACUACUACAAAAUCUGGUGUUGUAUUUAAGGAAACCGAAACGAACAGGUUUUAUUUUAUAAUGUGCAGCUGGCGAUGGGGGAAUAAUAUGUCCUUUUUGCAUACAACAGUUUCUUAAACUGCCAUUUUCUGUCUUCGUUCCAUUUAGUUUGGUGUAGGUUUUAUUUGUUAAUUUUUUGCAAUACUGGAAACAUCUUCUGUGUUUUCUGUUUUAUCCAUCCCUCUCCCAAUGACCGUAUAAAAUCUGAGAAAUCAAGCUUUAUAGUUUUUGUACUGUAUGCUGUUUAAAACUUGAUCGUACUUUACAGUUUAGCAUCAUUGCCCCAGAGACUCUGUUUAAAUGCUAAUUGGCUAUUUGGCGUAUCACGUGACUCUUCAAGCAGGGGGUGAAGCGUUAAAGACUUCUCUGUCCACUUCUCGCUACCCUUAGAUGCUAUGGUUUGAUCAUUUUUGGUCAGCCACUUUUUUGUUUUUGUUACAUUUUAAGCUACAAUUGGCACAACCUAAACUAACACUUUAAUGUUCGGCUGAACAAGAACUAAAGAUCUUGACCAUAUCCACAUGGUUUAUUUACCGUGGCUUAUAUAUAAAAGCUCAUCCAUGAGAGAAAAGGUGUAAUGGGGAUAUAACUUGUCACUGCAGAUGUGUAAUAUGAUUCCUUGUAUUUUAGGUUGACUUUUUUUACCUGGGGACUCCUGGGUGUCUAUCCCUGCCCUUUCCCUACAGUCGUGAAAGCUUGUAGCUAGUCAGUGAGCUUCCAUUGACUCUCUCCUAAGCCAUGUCCUGCAAUGCUCAUCGCUCUCUGCAAACAAGUUAAGGCCAGCGAUGCUUUCCUUAGGGAGAGAACGUCUGGCUCUCUUUGAGGUAGAGAGCAACACUGGGCUUCCCUUAGGCAGGAGCGUCUGGCUCUCUUUGAGGUAGGGAGCAACGCUGGGCUUCCCUUAGGCAGGAGCGUCUGGCUCUCUUUGAGGUAGGGAGCAACGCUGGGCUUCCCUUAGGCAGAGAGCUUCAGGCUCUCUUUGAGAUAGGGAGCCGUGUUGGGUGGACCUCAGGUAAGAAGUCAAACUGUUAGAAAGAACGUGUGAGUUACAGCCCCCAUUUAACGCUUUGCAACAUUUAUAAACAAACUUGGGUAAUUACAUUUCAAAUGUCCUCAGGUGAUGCACAGAAGCCAUAGUUUUAAGGUUGUAUCGAAUGCCCUUGUGCUGUCUCUGUUAACCCCUUAAGGACUCUACUUCUGGAAUAAAAAGGAAUCAUGACGGAAUAUUUCCGUCAUGUGUCGUUAAGGGGUUAACCACAUCAGCACUCUGCUAGGAGAAGGAAUGUAAAACCAGGCUUUUUUAUCGCUUCUAAUGCUCUGUUAAUGCUGGUCUUUGUGAUCAAACUCUGCCUUAUGGAUUGCAAAUGGGUUUCUUAACACCAUCCUCAAUAGAUGCGCUGUAGUCAUAACCUUAACUUGUUUAGAAGAGUCAUACAAAGCUUGUGAUAUGACACACCUGAAACAGUCAUAUAUACAUUUUGUAUAUACUUAAACUGUGUGCAAACAGUAGUAUCAAAUAGAAAUUUUAAUGCAUAUUUUCUUUCUUUUUAAGGAUGGAGACAUCACCUUCAACCGCGCCAAAUUGUUAAACGUCGGCUUUGCAGAAGCAUUGAAAGAGUACGAUUAUCAGUGCUUUGUCUUCAGUGAUGUCGAUCUCAUUCCAAUGGAUGACCGUAACAUUUACAAAUGCUAUAGCCAGCCCAGGCACUUAUCUGUGUCUAUGGACAAGUUUGGAUUCGGGUAAGACACAAUUUUAUCCAUUUUUCUUCUCACUGCAUAUAGUAUCAUACCUCCCAUCUCUGUCAUCCCAAGAAGGGGGAUGCUGAAGGGGGGAUGGGAGGUAAAAGGGGCGAUCCAUUGACGCAAUCUCAUUAGGACCAGGUUCUCCUGAAUUACUGUAGUUGAACGCACACUAGGCUACCUGCCAAUCAUGUACGGCCAGUUUUGACUUGUUAAUUAUAGCAGCAGCCCUGGAUGAGCAGUAAUGUUUCUGAAAGAAACUGUUUUGUCACAUCCAUAAGAUCAACACCUAAAUUAAUGACCCAUUCUCUUUAAAGGGGGUCUGUUAUUUCUAUAUGGAAUUUACACCAUUGAGUAAUACAUUGAAAAUCGCACGUAACUCAUGUGGACUUUAGUUUUACGAGGUGCUGUUUUCUUUUUAGUUUGUAGUAAAAGCUUAACAAAUUGCAUUCUUAAUCCUGUUCAGACAAGGCAAAGCCUAUGCAAACAUUGCAAAUGAAGAAGAGAAAUAGAAAUAUUGUUUGCGCUCUCUGUGUGGACUGCCCGGUUCAGUGGACAGAGCUGCUAACAAUGAUUGACAGGAAGCCCCAGAUAGAGGCAGUCAGUGGCAAGAUACAGAGGUGGAAAUUUGUGCAUUUCAUUUUAUUUUUUAUUGGCACUGUAGUGCAUGGUUUAAAUCUGGGUUGGGUAACCUUUCGCCCUCCAGAUAUUAUGGACUACAUCUCCACUGAUGCUUUGCCAGCAUUAUGGCUGUAAGAGCAUUAUAGGAGAUGUAGUGCAAAACAUAUGGAGUGCCGACGGUUCCCCAUCCCUGAUUUAAAGGUUACUCCAACCACCGUGACUACUUCAGCAUUCCUUCUGAGCCAAGGAGAGUGGUUCUCUGAGCUGGAUUCCAGAUAAAUGUAUUCUUAAAUUGCAGGGUUUUACAGUGAGAACCCAAUUGCUAAUGCAAAGCAAGGUACUGCAAAGUGAAAUAUAGAUUUAUUUAAAAAGGGUUGGAGUAACCCUUUAAACCUCACCGUGAGGUCCUAAUUUUACUUGGCACACAGGACUUUGCUGAGCCUCCCUUUUCAGCCUGUCUGUGUGUGAGUUCCUAACAGAUCAGGUAGCACGUCUCUACAGGUAACACACCUCUACAGGUAACCAAAUCCAGCACGACACCUGUACUUUUUAUUUUAAUUUUAUUUAUUUUUUAUAUGUGUGUGCAAUUGUUGCUAGGUUGGUUUUUUGUUUUGUAAACAGAGUAAAGCUAACAGGAUGAAAAGCAGUUUAGCGUUUUAAAGGCAUGCUCUGACAUUUAUAGAAUAUGUAAACCAGUUACCAGUUUUUACCUAGAUCAUGCCUGAUGAUACGUUUUAAAUGGCAGUGAGACAACCUUUAUUGCAAUCUUUUACAACAGAGUGAGAGACAUAAGUUUUACAAGUAGAAAAGCGGCAAUCUGAAUGAAAACUGGCCGCUUUGUUUUUUUUUUUGUGUGUGGUGUUUUUUUUUUUCUUUUAUAAAUCUUUCUUUUUUUAGCCUCAGCCUAUACUGCAUUAUUUUAUAAUUAUUGUGUUUUUUUAUCAUUGUUGGAAAAAAGUGCUUGUGUAUAUGUUUGGAUAUUAUGGUGAAUAUAAAUAUAAUCUUUAAUUGUCUGUCCCUUUUUUCAAUGGAUACAUUGUGUUUUAAAAUGCCAUACUGCACAGUGGAAACCAGCUUGUUUAUUAAAGUACACCCUGUCACAAAUUCUGUAACUCUCCUUUUAAAGGGAUUCUAUAGUCAUGCAGACCAUUUCAGCUCAAUGAAGUGGUCUUGGUCCAGUGUAAAACCUGCACAAAUUUUUUUUUUUCUCCUCCCUCUCUUUGACCCCUGUCUCUCUCUCUCCCCCCUCACCCCCCUUUUCUCCCCACCUCUUCGUCAUAUCACUAUUUGCUCAAUAACUGGAACAGUUAAUGAACAGAAAGAACCCCAUGUAUCAUAUGACAUGUAAAAGGCCAUAAAAUAAAGCCAAGGGACAAUCGCACUAGCUGAUACUUGUCUAAUCCACAGAAAUUGUAUUCAGUGGCCUUAAAUAAUUUUCCAAUUUACAUUUUUUUCGACAGAGAAAUGAAACAUUUUGUUGAACACAUUUUUGUUUACACUGCGAUACCAUUUAAAGUUUAACUUUGAGUUGCGUCUCGUUGACUUUCUAUUUUGACAUUUGUUUCUUAUCUCAUUCAGCACGUGAAUGGGUUUAGGUCUAGUCACCGUGUUAAAUUAACAUUAGGUUAAAAAAAAAAAAAAAAGACCAUUUAGCUCGACUUGUGUGUAUAACUUAUCCUGAACAAACUUGCACAGCAGGCCAAGCAGCGUAUUAAAACAAAGUUAAGAGAGAUCCAAAAACAUUGAUACUGUUGCAUAUAUUCCAUUUUGGAAAAUGGAAAAUGGAAAAUGUCACAUAACCAACCUUUGACAAACACAAUUCUACUAAAACAAUAACUUUGCUGUUUUAUUAAUGUUAGCAUUAUACUGUAUCUGUCAAUAAAACCGGUUUGUCAUAUGUGUAGCAUGUUGGUAGUACUGCUUUAUCUUUAUUUAUUUUAUUUUUAUUUUUCAGUCUGCCGUACAAUCAGUACUUUGGAGGUGUAUCUGCCUUGAGCAAGGAUCAGUUUACGAAAAUAAACGGAUUUCCAAACAAUUAUUGGGGAUGGGGUGGCGAAGAUGAUGACAUAUACAAUAGGUGAGUUAUUUUCUUUAAAGGCAUUAAAGACCAUAUACCACGUUUGCGGGAUUUAAUACCUUUUUAUGGAUUCAGAAGGAGCGUGCAUUUUACUUGAUAACAAAAGAAAACAAUAAUAGACUGACUGACUCACUGCUGGUCUUGUGUAUCCAUGGUUAGAAACCACAGGAAUGUAGUUCUCAUUUUUGUUUACGGUUGGGCUUUAAAAAUGCUUAUGGAAAUUAGGAGCCCAACAAAAUGUUCAGGAAUCGGAGAGGGAGAUGACCACGUUGGACAAUAGGCCUUUAUCACAAUCUAUGGUUUGAUAAAUAAUGGCUGUUAUUGAUCUCAUUUGAAGGGAUACUUUUGACAUUAUUAAAGGACCACUAUAGUGCCAGGAAAACAUACUCGUUUUCCUGGCACUAUAGUGCCCUGAGGGUGCAGCAGCAGACCCCCUCCCGCCCGGCUCUGGAAAGGGGAAAGGGGUUUAAACUUACCUUUUUCCAGCACUGGGCGGAGAGCUCUCCUCCUCCGAUCCGCCCCCUUGGCUGAAUGCGCAUGCACGGCAAGAGCUGCUCGCGCAUUCAGCCGGUCACAUAGGAAAGCAUUUACAAUGCUUUCCUAUGGACGCUGGCGUGCUCUCACUGUGAAAAUCACAGUGAGAAGCACGGAAGCGCCUCUAGUGGCUGUCAAUGAGACAGCCACUAGAGGAUUAGGGGGAAGGCUUAACCCAUUAAUAAACAUAGCAGUUUCUCUGAAACUGCCAUGUUUAUUAAAAAAUGGGUUAACCCUAGCUGGACCUGGCACCCAGACCACUUCAUUAAGCUGAAGUGGUCUGGGUGCCUAGAGUGGUCCUUUAAAUAGAAAAAAAUAAAAUAAAAAAACCUUACAUCUUGCAUUAAACAAUUAUCCUAAAGCAAUCCAGAUCAAGGAUUAGAUGACUUAUUUGGAAAUACGUUUUUAUUUAUUUGCGUAUUUUGCGUAAAUCAAACAGUGAGACUCACCGGUCUCGCCAUGUAUAUAACUUUUAUACAGCAAUAACAUAAUCGACAAGAAAUCCAUAAGAGAGUCUUAUGAUGGGUAGGCUUAUUGGAUCACAGGCCCAGAUAAUUGUGGGACUCUCAGGUCCUUAUCCAUUUCCAUAAACAUACGUAGGGGUAUCCCCUCCCACGCUGUACAAAUUUAUACAAAUUUACUUCCGCUAUGAUGAUAAUAUUCCUACCUCUUGAAUACUGUAUCCCCCGCGUCGUGGAUGCUCGCCUAUUGGACGUAAAGGGGUUUGGAAGCAAAUGGAUUCUUUGUUAAAUUAAAUAUAUUUUAAAAGUUUAUAAAAAAAAAAAAAAAACUCAUUUGUCCCUUUUAGUAUAUGAGCGAAUCUGUCCGCCAUAUACGUACACCCUGGGUCAGACAAUGUUGAUGAUGUCACUACACUAUGCAGGCCAGGGAGUGAAGCCGGAAAGACCAUAGAGACUGUCUGUUUUCAAACACGGUUUAACCAGAGUAUUGGUUUAUAGCUCCGGUCCUAUACUAAAAGGAUGGGGGAGUUUUUCACAUUUUAUUACAUAUAACUUAUUUAACACAGAAUCUAUUUCCUUUCAAAACUUUAUGAAAGGAUCGUUAUUUUUAGCCGUUGUCCUUUGAAGUGACCGAGAACCUAGUGUCUUCACAGUUUUGAACAUGAGCAGAACAAACCAAACUUAAGCAUGCGAUUUCGACGUGAUCAAUUAAAAAAAUUAAAAAUAAUAAUAAAUAUGACCACUUGUAUAAAUAUAUUCAGGUUAAUGAUACACAGGUGAUCAGAUCAUCCUCCAAAGAGGCAGGUCAAUAGAGAUGGAUCCAUUUUGUUUGUGAAUCACCACAGGACGUAUGUGUCUAGGCCAUGCUAUUAACCAUGAAGUCUAAAGUUAAGCUUUAGGUCUAUAAUUUCUUACUAUGCAUUACCGGAAUAAAACGUCAUUUUUUUUGGAUAUUGUUCACAUUGUCUUUGCCCAAAAAUUAUCCCUGCAAUGUUGGUAUCCUAUUAAAUUCCAAUCAAAGUUCACAAACACUAUCAAUCGAACACCAGCUCUGGACAGUGAAUUAAGGCUAUAGUUUCCUAAUGUCAGGCCAUUAUUACGAGAAUGGACACUUCUCACUCCUAGUGUCACAGAAAGGGAGUAGAAGUUAGGGUAGUGGGGGUUUUUUUUGGGGGUUAAUGCCUCCGUUUCAUGUAAAAAAGAUGCUCACUCCUUGUAAGUAGUGAUGUCCCGAACGGUUCACCGCGGACUCAUCAUUGAGUAAACGUUGACCCUGUACCUCACAGUCAGCAGACACAUUCCAGCCAAUAAGCAGCAGACCCUCCCUCCCAGACCCUCCCACCUCCUGGACAGCUCACUAAGAAUGCAGCUUCACAAUGAAUGUAAAAUGGAUGCUGUCCAGGAGGUGGGAGGGUCUGGGAGGAAGGGUCUGCUGCUGAUUGACUGGAAUGUGUCUGCUGACUGUGAGGUACAGGGUCAAAGUUUACUCAAUGAUGAGUCCGUGGCGAACCGUUCGGGACAUCACUACUUGUAAGUAAGGAAUGAGGUUGCUGAAAAACCCAUAUGGGGUUGUGAGUUUAUCUAAAGGGACACUCGAGUCACUGUAACAAUUUUAUCUCCGUGAAUUGGUUAUAGUGCCUGGAGUCUCCUGAUGAUUUUCUUCAUUUAAUGUUAAAUCAUUUUUUAGUGGUUUUAACACGGAGUGAGUGCCCUUGACUGCCCACAUCCCAGCCCCCACUGGAAGAAUGACUUGGUCAGAGAUUACACUCAGGGAGAUUAUGAUGGGCUGAAAGUAGUGAACUGACACUCACGCACUCUAAGCCAGGCACCACACCCCAUUGCUGCUCUGUCUUAUAUUGCCCAUUAGCCCAAACACCACAGAGGGGGAAUGGUCUGAUGGUGGCUCUGGUUUAGAAUUAAAGUGUCUAUUUUGCCAAAUGUAUGUUUAAAUAAAUCCUAUUUUUCUCUUUUUAUUGAUUUCUUUUUUUAUAAUUACACAUAAGAAAACCGUCUAUUAGACUCUCUCAUGGGAAGUUUUGGCAAUAGGAAGGCCUUAAGUAAAGUUCGAUAUCCGUUGACUUACCCACAGUCCAGAAGGCUAAACGCCAACUUCUUCAAUAGAGGUGAACAAAUUGGAGGCGCCCAGUUUUUGGGAUCUGUCACAAGGAAGGAAGGAAAGAUAUUAAAUAUAAAGUCGAGUAGCGAAGAGGGGGGCAUAAUCCAUUAAGAUAGGGUCCUAAGAAAAGGAAAAUGGAAAGCAGAGAAGAAAAAGGAAGAAAACAUGACAAGGCUGCUUUAUAAACAGUUGGGAAUGGUUUAAAACUGAAUAGAAAAGUAGCACCAGGACUCAAGACACUAUGACCACUUUGGUGAUAUGAGGCGGUUACUGUGAAACCCUUUAAGGACCUAAACCAUGUCAUCUUAAUGACGUGUGCUUGGUGCAUACACUUCAAUAUGGUGGUGUAAUACAUUAACAUUUCAGAGACACGGCAAUGUUUUUAAAUUUGGCCAUAAAUAUUCCUGUACUAGAGGUGCUUCUUCAUUGAAGACUUUUAAUUAUUGAGUGUUAUUAGUUUAACAUCACACACAGGAUGAUACCACUGAACGCUUGUAGAUGGUUCUCAUAGAAAAUUUCUGAACUCUAUGCUUCUGUUAGAAGCAUCCUAUUGGUCAAGCACAGCAAUUCUUGGCCAAUACAAAUGGAAUGCACCAGAGAUCAUCUGGAUGGAUGACCUCAGAAAAGAGGAAUGCCUGGUGUCAGAUCACUGGUGAGUUUGACAUUUGUGUUUUAAAAGGGGGUCCAUAAUCUAAAAGUACUAAGGAAUAUAUUAAUACUAAAAAAUUUUAAAAGAAAAUAGGAAUAUUCAGUUAAGAGUUGUUCGCUACUGCAGAACCUCUCACCCUGAAUAUAAUCACCAGAAAAACACUCCAGUGGUGUCUAGGGCUUAACCCCUAUACAAUAAGAUACAAAAAAAGAGAGAGAAAAUAUUGUCAUUAAAAACAGAAAAAAGUAGCCGUUUCGAAUGUUGAUAUAAGCUGGAGAUAUAUAGAGCAAUUAACAGGUAUACACCUAUCUCAAACCAAAAAAAAGGAAAAGGCGUUUCUAUGACUUACAAUUUACUCAGUUGUCCCCUUAAGUAUAGGCUUUAUUCAAACAUUGCCAAAAUUAGUUGUUUUUUUUUUAAGAGUUAAUAUAUACCUCAGUGAGCAGGAUAAAGGGAGAUUCUUAAGUUUCUGUAAUAGAUGUUCCCACCAAUGUGUGAACCCUAGUUUAGGCUAGCUAAUUAAAGUCAAAGUAAUAUAUCUAUGCCUUCAUAACCAUAUUAAUUAAUAUGGGCUCUAAGUAAUUCUUCCUAAGAUAAUGAAUUCCACUGAAGGAAGGUACAUCAUACGGAGAAAACUGUGGUAGUUCCUUAUGAGAUAACGAAUUGUAUAACGCUGAAGGAAGAUAACAGCAUAGAUAUAAGAAAAGGCCUCUCUCCCUGUAUGCUGUAUCUUCUUUCAACGUUAUACAAUUUGUUUUUGGUUUUUUGGUUUGAGAUCGGUACUUUUUCUAUUUUGAAUGAGGAUAUUUUAUAUAUUUUUUUGUAAAAAAUUGAAAGCCGGUGAACUGUAAUCAUUCUAUUAAAUAAAUGUGUGCAAUUCACUAUUUUAUGUCUGAAUUCUUGUUCUUUCCUUCAAAUUUAAAUCGGUUUGUGCCAAUUCUUUUAGAAGGAAACCUAUUAUUCUUAUGGACCUUUCCACAUUUGGAGUUGGCCUACAAAUUUCUUUCGAUCUGUUAAGUAAAUUCUAGAAGUGCAGUUUUACUUAGAAUUUUAUUUCCAAAAUGUACAUAGAAUCGACUUUAAAUUCUGUUGUGUGGUUUUUUGGUUUUUUUUGAGAAUUCUUUAUUUUUGAGUGCAUAGCGAAAAAACGGUUACAAAUGCAUUUGGCAUGCCCCAACAGCAUGUGCUCACUAUUUAACAGUUAACAUCGGUAAACUGAGGCAUGGCAUGGGAAAACAAUGAACAUUUUUAUAUAUUAUGACAUGAAGGCUAGUUGUGACUAUAAAUGGUUAUGAGUUGAGAAAAGUAAAUGUAAAUGUAAAGAACGACUUAAUAUGUAAGUGGUUAGCAUGAUACACAGAUUAUACCUGUUUGAUUUGAUUUAAUGUAUAGUGAGAUGCCUGUCAGGUACAGCUGUCUAAGUAUUAAACUAUAGGCUGUCAUAUGCAAGAAAAUCUUAGUAGGUUAACCCCUUAAGGACCAGACUUCUGUAAUAAAAGGGAUUUAUGACAUGUCACACGUCAUGUGUCCCCAAGGGGCAACACAAGGUAAAAUAGUGUUUCUACAAUGUCUACAUGUUCGUUGCAUCGCUUAAUGUAAGAUUGCUAUGUCUGAACAAAUAUGGAGAACAAAGAAUAAAAAGGUUCUGGUAAUAGCCAGCGGUUGUACGUUAACUAUAAACUAUAGCACGCUUGUAAUUGCUAUAUUGUAGCCUAAGAGUGAGGUUGUGCUCGCUGUACCUGUGUCACUCUGUGGGACGUCUAUCGGUCACUGUGAGGCAGAUGGUCUAUAUGAGUCUUGGUGUCGACUGACUUUUAAAGAGCUGUUAUGUGGCCAGCCUUGCUGUGUCGUGGGUCCCUGCAGUGUGGUGUCUACCCUCACCUUCCCGUGUGUGUCGUGUGUCUCCCUCCCGUCCUUCCCCCGUUCCCUGUAUCGCUCACCCUACCCUUUUUUGUUUGUUUUUAAUUUAGCAAGCUAUUUAUAUUUUCUAUUACAGAAUAGCAAGCAGAGGUAUGUCGAUCUCUCGGCCUGACGCUGUAACUGGAAAAUGCAGAAUGAUCCGUCAUAACAGAGAUGACAAAAAUGAUCCGAAUCCUAAAAGGUAAGCACAUUGUUUGCACUCGCACCAACAUUAAACCACGCAGCAUCAGAGUGGUUUUUGUUCUCUAGUGAUAACAAAACAAAUUACCAUCAUUUAAGUAAUGCGCCAUGCAAAAAAAGUAGAUAAAUUUUUGAUCUACAACCAAAUAAAAUGUAGCCGGUUUUAACACAGAAACUGUAGUACAGACAGGGAGGAAAGCACACAACCUUCUCAGAUGAGAUGUUAAAAAAACAGAACUAUUCUUAUAAAAAUGUUUGCAAGCAUUCCUUACUAUAUUCAAAAUAUAAAAUGAGCACACAAUGAGUUAUUCAACAGCAAAAGAACAAGGAGAGCAAUCAGUGAAAUUUAAACAAAAUCGAAACUGCAGCUAUUCUAUAUACAAAUUCUAUCUGAAAUACACAUAAUACACUUUAAUCUGAAAUGUAAGGUACAAAGACACAUAUUUAUAUAGUUAAAUGUACAAUUUACUGUUAUUCUGUAGUCAAUGAAGUAAGGCAUUGUGACCAUAUAUUGAUAUAUAUGUAUAUUUGAGAAGACCCUGGUGUUAUUGAGGUACACUUUCAUUUGUAAAUAUACAUAUAUCAUAAUUUGCGAGAACUCCAUUAGAAAGAGCAGAUGGCAAGUAAUGAGCAUUCUAUUUAUCGCAUGUUAAGAUUGAUUCCUUAAAGUUCAUUCCUCUCUCCCUACUAGAGUUUUUAUCAAAAUCUUAAACAAUGCUUAAUAUUAGGCCAAAAAUAUAAUAUUAGGCUUCCAAGCUUGACACUCAAGUUGCUACUCUACCUACUCUUGUCAAACACCAUUUUACCUCUGUGAUAAAUGAUUCAUCAGACUCGUAUAGUGAUUUAUCGCUGAAAACUGUGUGGACCCCGUUAAGAUAGUCACAUGGACCUUCAGUAUGGUGUAGUCUAAAGCUGAUGCGUUUAAUCGCUGCUCUUGAAAGGCUUAAACUUCCUCACUUUAAAGGGACACUGUAGUCACCAGAACCACUACAGCUUUUAAUGUAGUUGUUCUGGCUUCUAUAGCCUGUCCCUGCAGGCGUUUUUUAAUGUAACUUUAGAUUUUCAGAGUAAAGGCUGUGUUUACAUUUACUGUCUAGUAACGCCUCUAGUGGUAGUCACUCAGAUGGCCACUAGAGGUGCUUCCCAUCUCCGGGAGCUGUAGUAUUUAUUGAAUGUUUGGUGGAUGUCUCUUUCAGUCACAACUCCAUGUGAGAUAACCAAUUAAAAUGCAACGUUCACUGACCGACGGAUAUUCCCCCUAAUAACGAAUCAGAGAAUUGCAACCAUUACUAGAUUGACAUCACACAAUCUAAAGCCAUUACUUGAAAUGGCUUUUUACUGCUUGCAUAUCAUUCACGCAUAAAUGGCCAUUGAUAGUCUUCAUGGCCUUGUAACAAAACACAAGUUUCGAACACAGGAAACCAUAUUCUGCAUGUGAGACUUCACCUACCGCUUACCUUUAUUUAAUUUUCUUUAUAUAUAUAUGUCAUUGUGAUUUGAAAGCGAUGGCUUUGUUUUGAUUUAUGUCCUGUGUUUUUUCUUAAAUUUGCAGAUUUGACCUCAUAGCUCAUACAAGGCAGACCAUGAACUCUGAUGGAAUAAACUCGCUAUCUUACAAUGUGAUCCAAAAAGAAAAAUAUCCGUUGUACACAAAAAUCACAGUGGAUAUUGGUUCUCCAAGAUGAUCUCCUCUGGAGAAAAAACCCCCAGAAAUUCCUUAUUGCUUUUGAAAGACAUUUUUGCUCAACACAUGGUUAUUGGACAUGUUAAGAGGCCUUCAACUGAUGAUUUGUAUUUUAACAAAAAAAUAAUCUCCGGACUGUAAUUUAUGACUUGUACAGAAUGAUGUAUCCUCAUGAUAUGCAAUAUGCAAUUCUCUAAGUGCUCUAGAAAGCUGGCCGUGCCUUGUAAGCAAAAUGCUAUGUCGGUUUUUUGAUUUUGCAAAAAAAAACUAGUGGCUUUUAAGCUGAAUGUAUUUCCCUGCACACAAUGCUGCUACACGGAUGUUUACACAAUGUUACUGUUUCCGUAAUUCGCACGAGUAACAGUGCAUAUUUCGUUAAGAGAGUGGUGAGUGGGAGUCGGUUUUAUGGAAUUUGUUAUCAAGCCCAUUUCUGUUUGGAGAAAAUGGGAUUGGAUUCUCUCUAACUAGCAGUCAAACUGUUAAAUCAAUGCAGGAACAGAUGCUUUAUUUUAGAGUUUUGCAAUGGCUUCUUUAUUUUUUUUUCCGAAAGUAAAUAUACAUGAUAUUUUUGAAAUAUGAAGAAUCCAGGUUUUGUAUACGAUUCAGGCAAGCCCUAUGCUUUGAUAGCACGGGGUCUAUAAUAUUUAUUUAUGUAAUUAAGAACAUUUUAUGAUGCAUCCUUCUUGCAAAUUCUCUACUACUAUACCUUUUGCCUACUUUGCGUAUGGUAAUAUGUCAAUAUGUUCAAUGAUUCCAAAUGUUUUACAAACCUUUUUAUCAAAGUAAAUCUGCAAUGAACUGGAACAAUUUUAUGCCAGCCAGGGCACUUCAUUUAAAGAGGCUCUGUCACAAAAAAAAAUCCUUAUCUAAUCUGCUUUUGCACAGCUCCCUGUGUCUGAAUCUUUCUUUAUCUUUUCCGGCGUGCUGAAGUUUUCAUAAAAUACAGAAGAAAAGGCUGGGAUUACUUUUCCUUCUGUAUAUCGGUCAAGUUGGUAAAACUUGCCAAUGGGUGGAACUUAAAGCAAGGUUCUGUUUCAUUUCAAAUUCACCCACAAUCCAUACCAUAGAAGGGCAAUCAGCUGACCUCAUGGACAGAGGAGAACAAAAUUGAGGCACCCAGAUAUUGAAAAGGCACAAGGAAGAAAAGAUAAUUAAUAUAAACAAUGACGAGCGGCAAGGAUGAGAAUAUUAUAAUUAAGAUACAGGGAACUUAAGGAAAGGAAAAUUGAAAGAGGGGGGGAAACAAAAUGUGAAUGGGCCACUUUAAAUGGUCAGCGUAACCUGGUGCUAAGUGAGAUAAGAAAGUUCCUUGAGUUUUUAUGUUUUGCGUGUUGAUCAUUCAAUUCAGAGAUGCUUGUAAGACCAUCAAACUUUUGAUGGCUAUGUGCCUUUAAAGUGUUUUGCGUUGUCCUUUAGAGGGUUUAAAAGUGUCCUGAAAAGUUUUAAUGUUAUACCUCAAUAAAGCACAGUGACUUAUUUUUUGGGGGGUAAUGGGAGGAGAGUAGUAGGUUAUAGAAUGCUGUAAUCAAGACAUGUACUUUGUUACCGUGAAAAUUCAAGCUGGCCAAAUAACUGUUUACAUGUUAAAAGCAAUCUUUUUGCAUUUGUUUUUUUGUUUUAUUUCCUGAAUUCAGAGUUUUUUCUGCAGAAUCUACCAUUUUGUGCUGGUCUGCACUGCCUUUGUCCAUGUCCUUAACUUUGAAUAUAUCUGCCCGAAUAGGCAAGUGAAUUACAAAGUACGUGGCUUUCUUAUAUUGCUACUCCCUCUGCCAUAUAAAUGCAAAUAAUUUUUCUACUUUCUUGUAUAGGUCUGAUUUAAAAUUAUUUUUGACAUAGAGGAUAAAGUGUACUUAUGGAAAAAAGUUGUCCUGAUGGUUGCUCUUUUUUAUAUCACUUGUUACCUGUACCUUGUCCUAGUCAACGUGCAAAAUUGUAGAUUUAAUUUUACUCUAACUUUUUUUUCUUAUUCUACCAUAUCUCUAUCUACCAGUCUAGGGGGUGUAAAGAGUACAACUUUGCUGUCUGUCAGGUAACUGCGUGCGCAGCUACAUCCUCUGAAUGAUAUGGUAGCAUUCCAAAUUUCUUAAAGUGAUUGUCAUUGCAGGAUGCAACUUAAGGGACAGGCAAUUGUCUCUAUGCUGUUACGAACUUAGAGGCUGAAUAUUAUUUUUUUGUUUUUUCUUUGCUUGGGAUUUUUUUUUUUUUUUUGAACCAUAACUUAUCAAGGUUAUUUACACAAUUCGCCAGUAUUUUAUAAAGUGGGUUUUGGUAUUUGUGUGACACUUUUUAAUUUUUUUUUUUUAAUGUAUGUAUAGAAGUGCCUUAUACAGCUUAUUAUACUUGCAUGUGGCAUUCUUAUUUUCCCUCAGCAAUUUUUUUUGUUUUUGUUUCAUUUGCUAAUUUUCACAUAUUCCACACAAUAUACUUUUUGAUGUUGCCAGAAAUGGUGUUGCUUUGUCAUUUGAAAGAGUUAAAGGGACACUAUGGGCAGCGAUGCAACAUUAAUGACUUUGAUCGAUUUUGACCUCAUUAACAUGCUGUUUAUUUUUUGCACACAAAUCUUUAUAGUUUUUGUAGAAAAGAAAAAAUGUUUUGCAGAAUUGUGCACUAUAAGCCUGCGUCUGUAUUUUUCUAGAGUAAAUGGGUGUGGCCAAAAGGUAAGCUUUGCGUGCAGCGUUCUACAAACAUUAAUUUUAUGCAAAUACUAGAACGAUUUGAGCAUGGACUAAGAAAAAAACAUGGUUAAUGAGGCCAAACCUCUCAAAUGGAUUAAAGUAGUAUGGUGCCUUGAGUGUCACUUUUAACUUUUUUUUUUUGCACCUCUCUAUAUGUGGUUUCUACAGUGUUUUACUGGUGCACAAGAGAGCACCAAAGAAAAGGUAAUUUCUGUGUUUAAUGUUAAAGGGAAAAGCUUGUCUGUUUUAUUUCAUACAAUUAGCUUGGACUUACUAAAUGGUUAUGUGAGCCAUGAAUAGUUGGGGUGUGUUUUAUUUAAUUGUAAUCCUUUUCUUAAUGAAACAAGAAUCCUGAUUGCAGCCUAUAAAUAUAUCAUGAUUUGUCUAUAUUCAUGUUUUGUGUAUCUUUGAUUACAACUUGCACACAUUUGUUUCUUCUCAAUCAUUAUCUUUUUUUUUUUUUUUUUUAAAGCAUAUCUGUAAACCAAAUAUUACAAAGCAUAUUUUUAUAUAGAUGUGUAUAAUAAAUUUAAAUUCACAUUCUUUUUGUUGUAUUGUUUGUUAAUA